AGGGUUACAUGUAAAUAAAGUCGCCCAGCCUCUGUUUCCACUCGAGCUAGUCCAGCCCAUUGACAAACCAGCCAAUGUCCGCACAGCGCUGGUCUUUUUGGUGCUUAAGCUAACAUUGGCAGUCGCAACAUUUAGCAUCAUCUGUCGUCCUCCUACGGCUGGAGCUAUCACUCUGCUGCUCCUCGAGUUGUACCCCUCGUGAGUGUGUGUUUGAGUGUGUGUAGCUCCAAAACAUGGCGGCCCUCAAAGCUUUGUGCAGAGCGGAGAAUAUAUUCUUCAAAAACCUCUCAGGUCCCUUCACAACCAAAUCUAACGUCGCUCAUCUUCAAUUGAGCAAGGUCGGUAUUACACGGUCAGUGACUGUGAAACUGUUCAAGCUGACUUUAAACGGUCGCUAAUGACUCGGCUGCAUAAAAAGGUCAUACUAUUGUUUUCAUUUUAUUCACUUAGUUGUCCAAUAAUUUAGAAGUAUGUGAUAUCAGCUACGUUAAAUAACAAUAAAUGCUCGUUUUUAUGCUCUUAUUAAGUUUAAUUUCGACGAUAUCGACUGACUUCACUGACCUCAAGCUGCUGGCUUUACAAUUCUGGCGGGGAAUUCCCUCUAUUGAAGUUUAGAUCACAUCACUGCAUUGUUCACCAUGCACAUGAUAAGCCUGUAUUAAAACAAACAAUGCUCUGUAACGUGUUGUCUGUGAGUACAACCAGUAUCCUGACAUGUCAACAUGUGUGCGAGUGUUGAACGGGCAAUGUAUGCAGGUGCAUAAUCAUUCACCUCACAGUCUCAGCUUCAGUUUUCUUUUCUAAACUUGUGUUUUCCUUGAGACAGAAGCAACAAUGUGGACAUUAUACAAGAUGGACAUGUCUAUAAAUAGUGCAGAGUGAGGUCUGAGAUCAGAACCAAAGAGGAAAGCAAAUGUAGGAACAUACCCCAAUAAGCAUUACUUUUCCCUUAAUAGUAGGAAAUGUUCAGUGUUACCCUGGUGAAAAUAUGUGCAGCAGUAGUAUGUAACAUUUUGUGCAACUUUGAGAAUGGACAAACCGUUUCAAGGACAGAGGAUAGAGUUUAUGUAUUCAAAGAGGAUUAAAGGUAACUUCCCAAUUAACAUAUCGGGUGUGGUGUGUUGCAAAAACUGGUCUAUUACCACAGGCUACUGUCGAUAAACUGGAAAGAACUAGAGGUGGCGUUGCACAAAUCAGUCAUGUUGACAUCUCUUGUCUUCUUUUAAUUUGUGAUAAAUAAAUAUAACAGAAAAACACCUUUAAGUUUUUACAUUUGAGUCUUUAGGAAGCUCUGUCUGGUUAAGUUUACUCUGCCUUGAUCUCCAGUCCUCUUGUCAUCAUAAGACCAUGACAAUGUACAAACAUAUUGCCAGUCUUAUGUGAUAACGCUAAGUUUUAACUCACAUUUGCAUAUGUUUCAUAGCACAACACCAUUGUGUUUGAUCAAGAAUAGUUUACAUUGUUUGCAACAUGGUUUUGUUUACUAUUUUGUAAUUUCUACAGACUUCCAGCUGUUACUUUUCGACCUCCAGUCAAAGAAACUCACGGUUCUACUCAGACCCCGUAGAGGCAGUGAAGGAUAUCCCUGAUGGAGCUACCCUUUUAGUUGGAGGUAAGAAAUACCUCACUUAUGCAAAGUGGCUCCAAGAUGGUAGGAUGGACUCAGUUACGCCUCACUGACAGUGCUGGUAAAUUCCCUCCAUGUUAAAAAGCAUGAAGUUUUGUAAACAAUACUUUAAAGUGAGCCUUGACUCUGCAGGACAAGGUGGUUAAUAAACAUGCACACACACACAGCAGAUACAAAUUCCACAGCUCUUAUUUAUAGUCAAGUUCAGAGUGACAUUGUUAAACAUUUUCUGCUGUGUCACGCUUCUGUGAGAGGGAAAGUCUUACAAUCAUUGCUUACAUAAUUUUAGAAAUGUGAUCUACCAUCCAUAUAUAGCAAGAUAGCAAGGAGUGGAAUUAACUGGGACUUGAUCCAAGCUUGACAAGAGCAGCUUCUUUUUUUUUGCUGCUGUGCUGCUGGUGAAAAUUUCACCUUGUAUGACCUUCUAAUCAUUUACAUGCUUGACUCUUUGCCUGUAUUUUCACUCUAUCAUGAAUUCUUUCUCAACACAGGUUUUGGGUUAUGUGGAAUCCCAGAGAAUCUUAUCAACAGUUUAUUGAAGACCGGCGUGAGGGGUAUCACAGCUGUCAGCAACAAUGCUGGGUAAGAGUGUGUUUAUGUAGAGGAAAAGAAGCAUGUCUGUGCUAUCCAUGCAGGCACCUGCAUGUAAAUGUAUACCUAAACCAUAAAGUUUAUUCAAUGGUGGUGUUGCAUUAUGAUACUUAGUUCACCAGUAAAGACCCAAGCUGGUUUUCAAGAAUAAAUACUUAGUUUGUUUAUCUACCUCUGGUUUUAAUCAGAUUUCAUCUGGCCCUGGAAAUGUUUGCAGUGUCAUGUUUCAUGCCAUGCUUCAUUUCUAAUUCAGUAGUGGAUGUGCAAUCCUUAUUAGUCUAGUCGAGUCUUUCUCUGCUGUCAUUGUUACCUACUGUUGACACUUGUCUGAUUAGAGUCUGCGAUGCGAGAAAGUUGAUUGAAGAUGGACUUGUUCUUUUUUCAGAUGUCUUGUUGGUUCAAACUGUCACUCACUGUUACACAAUAUCAGCAAACAGACAUUUAUGAAUCCUUCCCCAUAUGUCAACAUCAAAGUUCUUCUUAUGGCCACUGAAAUUAAUGACAGAGCUGUAAGGAAACAGGGUUUAGUGAGUGAGACUCUCACUGGGCCGUGAGCUCAGGAAUUGAUAAUCAGGAGUUAAAGAUAUCUCUUUCCAGACUUUCUUAAACUUUUUGGGGUAAAAUGAACCCCAUAAGUACCCUUGUGUUGUAUGUUUGAACAGGCAGUGUUGACCUGUAUCUUUGGACAGAAACCUGACCAAAGAGGAUGUCCACAAGUGAGCUUUUUAGAUUUGUCACAAGAGCAGACACAGAGAAGAGGUUUAUUUUGUGCUGCCAAUGCCUUCAGAGGUUGUGUUGUAUUGUGCGUGAUGAGUAUCAUAACCCCAAAGUGGAUAGACUGAAGCAACAGAGAGGAAAAUGAUGUCUACUCUGUGUAAAGGAGAGGUUUGCCAGGACAUAUCAGCACUGUGUGAGAGUAAAGCUUGUACUGUUUAUUGACUUCUGACUCCUCUGCAGCUUUGAAACUUUGUGUAAAAUCACACACCGGGGAAGCAAUAUGACAAGGCUAUUUGGCUGGUUAAAAAAGUACAAAGAUUUCGUGAUGGCUGAGCUUCAUAAGGGUGCUUUUGUGGAAUCUCUAAAUAAAAUUGGCUCAUGGAAAAACAGCCAGAAGCUUCUUUUGUUGCACAAGGAAAUCAGCUGCUGACCUCAAUGCCCCUUAAUUACCGAACCUGAGGUUUAUUGCCCAAAAACAGUUAAAAAAAAAAGUGCGUUGGCAGCUACUCAAAGGAAAUCACUGUAUUAUGUAGACAAGACAAAUCGCUUAAAUGAGGGUGUAUAGCUAUAGGGAAAAAAGGGAAGCUAAGGACACAUGAUUUAUGACAUAACUACAGAGUUAUAAACUGCUGUGCUGGCUGAGACUUUUUCUGCAUUUUUCCUGCAUGUUGUUCAGCAUAACGUAAAUAUCACUGUUGCAUUCUUGAAAAUAGUCUGUUGUCUUGCUGCAUUCCUUUUCUGUAGUUUAAUCCUACCAGGCCGUCAUAUAGGAAACAAAGUUUUACCUUCACUGUUGACAUAGCAACACCGAUAUUUGUGAUGGUGCCCAAAAUCAGAUCUUAUCUCCAGACACAUUGUGCUGAGAUUGCUGCUCUUUGAAAGGCAGGGUGUCACACUUGACUGGUGAGUUUGGGAUAAAAAAUACAACCACCCUUUCCUUGUUUGUUCAAUUUACGGCAGCAUUUUAAGGAUUGGUUGCUGUUGUUGCAGGGAGUAGCAUGCAUAGAGAAGUCCAACUUCAAGUUCAGAAAGGACUUGUCUGUGCUGGCAAUACUGAAAGAACCACAUUAACAUCGGAGCGCAGUGAUUCUUAUUGUAUCUGGUGUAUGUGUCAGAGCACCACACAAAUGUUACAGUCCUUUCCAAUCCAACAGACUCGUGCAGCGGACUUUGAUUUUUGGGAAUACUGAUUCUUGGAACAGGUGUGUAAAAUGUUUGCUCGAGCCAGGCUGUAUGUCUGCACAAUCAUUACUCCCCUCAGUAUUUUUCCCCCUGCAGACACAUGUUUUCAGGGACGAUUGUUACCUCUAGCAAAAUGUGUUCAAAAAGUCUUUUCUGAGUGUUUUUUUUUGCAGAUUCUGUUAUGAUUAGAGUUUGAAAUAAACACCACACAAGCACUAAAGUCUACAGAAACUAUUCUUGUUAAUCAAGUGGGAACUCUGGUUGCUAAAGUAGCCUCAAGUAAUUGCCUCCCUACUGUUAUAUUCAACUAUAGUUGGUUGGUUUGGGCUUCCAGACAGGGAGAGGCAUUUAUCUGGCGUAUAUGUGGGAUAUUUUGCAACAAGGGGAGGAGAGCGGAGAGCUAUUCCACAUAAGCAGGAAUGUGUUACAUAUGUCAUUGAUUAUGUGUAUUUGAUAAAAGCUUCCAGGCCAAUGUGCAGCAUAUUCUCUGUUGUUUACCGCGCUUGAAAUGGGUUUGUUAUGUUGGUAAGUUUGAAGAAGGAUGGAAGGGAAAAAAGUAGCAUGCAAUGUUUAAACCAAGUGAGGAGAUUCUUACAGCUGAAAACAAUCCUUCCUUAGCUUGCUUCUUCUUGAAUCACCAAAGUCUAAAAGCCUCUCGUAUAAAACUUGCUGAACAAGUUAGGUCAUGUUCUCAUAUAAUCUCAGAGGAUAGGAACAAUGUACAGGAUCAUUUAUGCAAGCCGAAGUGAGCAGUGUUAAUCAGAACUUUAUUCUCCUGGAGAGUGUUUUUUUUUUUCCAAAACCACUUAACUCUUUCAGAUCUCGAAUCUAAAAGGGCAAAGUCUGGCUGUGAGAGAGAGUGAGUGUAGCGAGACACUGCUGUUUUAUUUUGUUGGACAUAGAGACACUGGGCUUUUUAUGCUGUGUAAUAUGAGCUGAGAGGCUUUCAGCUGUACACAGGAGGAGCUGUGACCAAGCUGCACUCCCUGGAGCACUGGUAUUCACUCUGGAUUGUUACUUUAGGAGAAGUUACACAAACAAAGGAGGUGUAACUUUAAAAGAUUUAAUUUCUACUCUAUAUUUAGGGGACUCUGUUAUAAAAGUUCUAGUUUGAUGUCAUUUUGAAUAUAAUGAGGAUUUAACCUUCAAACGAAUACAGAGCUUAAACUUGAGUUUCACACAAAAGAGCAGAAAAUGCGUACUAACUUUUCUGAGGUUUUAUCCUUUUAUGCAUUCCUAGAACACGUCCGAUUUGUCAUUGCUCUGUGUGCGUGUGUGUGUGACAGGGUGCUGGUAUCGGUCAUCUGUUUUUGGUAUUCUGUGUCCACAUGGCCUAGAUAUCAUGUCAGCUGACUUGAGGUUAGAGUGAAGUGCAAAGAAGCUUCUGUGUGGAUACACAAAAGAAGCAAAACUUAUGCUUUGCAAAGGUGAUGAAAUCAAAGACGGUGUUUAAAACAUAAAUUCUUAAAUCAAAUCAAAAUGCCUUGUUUGAAACUGUGUUGUAUGUUUUAAAGAGUUUUAUGAGGACAAUGACUUUAUUAGUAAAUGACUGACCAGAUAUUAUGCAUAGACAUUCCUCUCAUAGCUUCAGGCUCAUUUUAUGAUCAUUUUAAAGCCCUGGUAACAUAAUAACUUUAUUUAGUCAUAAACGGUUUGGAAGGAGCACGAACUAUAGUGGGAUAGUUUAUAAGAGUUUCACAGUCCAAUUGUGAGACAUCCUAAAGUGUUACAAGUGCUCACACUGAAAGUGUAGUAUAAAUUUGUCAUAUCCCCUUAUUCAUUUUUCUUUUCAUUGCUCUUUUAUUUUCAGAGACCUGAAACAAAAGAUUUUCUCAGAUGCCUCAGUGCUUCUUGUAACAAGCUGAGCUCUCAUCAUUGUGAACAGACUGACUAUGACUUUGCCAUAUCACUCAUUUAGUCAAGAAAUGACCUUGAAUGACCUCUGGAGGCAUUCAGGGUAAUGUUAGCUGUUACUCUUUGUUAUAUUGUAGGCUGGUUAUGGGAUGGAUGGUGUCUUUAAUGGCGGACAUUUAGACUCUCUUGCUCUUUUCUAUCAUGAUGAAUGAUUUAAAAGUUGAUUUUGUUUGGAAUAACUGUAAAUCUCGUGAAAUCUGGUUCAUGGCAAAUGUAUUUGAUAGAUUUUGAUAAAGAUCAGCAUUCAGACUGACUGCCUCUUGCAAUUUGUAAUGGGAGAUUUAACCAGUAUUAUAUAAGACAUGCUUACUGUGAUUUUUCAGAUUAUUUUAAAAAGCAUGAUUUUAAGUACAAAGCCACUGGUCUCUGUGUUUGUUUACUGCAUGGGUGACCUGACUGCACUGUUAAGAGUUCAUCGUACGCCGUGUGUGUGCUUACUCCAGGGUGGAUAACUUUGGCCUGGGUCUGCUGCUCCAGACUAAGCAGAUCAAGAGGAUGAUCUCCUCAUAUGUCGGGGAGAACGCAGAGUUUGAGCGACAGUAUCUGGCUGGAGAGCUGGAAGUGGAGCUGACGCCACAGGUGGGUCAGAAAUCAUGUGAAACUGUUCAUGUACAACUUUUUACACGACACAUACAGCAUCACAUGCAAGUGCACAUUUUGUUCUACAUGUCUUUACAGUUUGAAAUGACAACAGACUGCUUAGUCUUCAUUUACAUACAAAAACACUGCUGGUGAUGUUGAUUUGAAACCCUCACUUCGUUAAUGUGUCACCUUCUUCCUGACAGGGCACUCUUGCAGAGAGGAUAAGGGCCGGAGGUGCUGGGAUUCCAGCCUUCUUUACAGCCACUGGAUAUGGCACAUUAAUCCAACAAGGAGGUUCUCCUAUUAAAUACAACAAAGAUGGCAGCAUUGGCAUUGCCAGCGAGGAGAGACCGGUAAGUGUGGUCUAAUACUGGUACUGCAAUGAGUCUAUAUUCAUAAUGUGCAUGAAGAUACAGAAAAGCACAACGCAGAUCUCGUAAGCUGUGGGAAUCCUGCAUCAUGAAGGAGCUGUAAAAACAGAAAACUGCAACUUGUUUGACUGGUUUGAUUUAGUGCUGCAGGUGGUGCCAAGAUACUGCAGUAAAUUCCUCAUGUGUACAUGGAUUAAUCUUAACACAGAUGUGGCACAUGAGGGAAAUAAGUUGGCAUGAAAGUCUGUCCGGCUCAUGGUUUUCUGGUUUCCAAAAAGUAGCACUAAUUGCUUAUCAAGGUCUAAACAGUUAGAAUCUGGGCCAAGUCUAAAAAUGUCGUAGAACAGGUCACAAAGCUCGAUGGCAUCCAUCGCCCCUCACUUUCUUCAAUGUGCCGUUGUUUUGUACAGGUGCAGGAGUUCAACGGCAGGCACUACGUAAUGGAAAAGGCCAUCACUGGAGACUACGCACUUAUCAAAGCAUGGAAAGCUGACAAGGCUGGAAAUGUUGUUUUCAGGUAACUAAUGAAGCAGUGAAAACAACUAAUGCGCCACUCUCAACAGUGAUAUCCACAGAUCCCACAUCAUUAGCUUGGAGCUGCCACUAUUUAUCUUGUUGAGAAUCAGCUGCUCCCUGCCUUAAAGCGUUUCAGACUAGUCUUAAUCACUGUAGUUGUGUUGGGACAACAAUCCGAUCAUGUGGCUGGUGUUAUAUGAAAAAGCAAAACAAGAGGGCUUUUCAAGCAGCUCUCUUGGUUUGGCUUUAACCUUACUCUAGUCAAGGUCUGAGGAAAUAGACAGUAUAUAACUUGAUUCUUAUCAGCAUGCUUGUAUCACUAACACAGUUUACUUUUAUUUGUUCGGAGUUUGCAAACAAACCAUGGCAUAAACAUCAACCUCCAUUAGCAAAUUUACACCAGGAAAACAUCCUCUCAGUUUUGCAAAGUUAACUGAAGGUUUAGUGACGUACAAGAAAGCUGUGCCAAGCCAGAUUAAAAACAAAACUUGAAAAGGAUGUUUAAUGAACGAGUUAAUUACUACAUGUUUGUGUUUAUCCUGAAUAUCUACAUCUAACCCAGAAUAACCACAUCCCCUCUUGCUCUGCAUUAAUUUUAAUUGGGUUAAUUUGCACCAACCUGAUGUAUGUGAGUAAAGUUUAUGUCCACAAGAGGGCAGUAUCUUCAAGUCAACUGUCAGUGGUGAAUCAUGGACAUUACAGAGUACUUCAGAUUUUACCUGCUAUUUUUUUGUACAUUUUUUCACCUCGAAAUGAGUUUUUUAUCAUUUCCUUUUUUGUCUUUCUUUCAGAAAAACAGCCAGAAACUUCAACCAGCCAAUGUGCAAGGCAGCCAAAACCACCAUAGUUGAGGUACGCAAUUCUAGAAACACAAUGUUUUAACAUUUCAGCCCUUUUUUUCUUUUUGGUAAUAGUGUUAUACUGCAGUAAGACACAAUGAAAACAGGUCAUAUAUCUGAAUGCAAACUUACUCAUUAUGACCCUCCUCCCUCUCUAAAACAAGUUUGCAGUGUGAUACUCAAGAUCAGAGAAAGACAAUUGAAUCAUCUCUUGAAACACACUUUUAAGGGGCUGACUUGUCAAAAUUGAGGUGCAGCUGUUGCAUUGUUAUCCUCAGAGACACACACUUAGAGAGAAAAGAGCACAAACGUAGCUGAUCGGUGUGCCACAGUUGACUUUCAGUGUUAAUACUGACACCUACUCUGACACAAAGAGGGGGCGGUACCCUUUAGUUAGUGUGUGUGGCUCCGCUCUGAGGUGUCAGAGAGGAACAAGCAGAAGACCGCGAUUGAAUUAAUGCUGUUGUCAGCCCAAAUCACUCUUCCACUUGUUUUUUUACCUGCCACUGUAGCUGUGUCUGUGUUGGGGGGGUGAAGUAAAUCUCCAUUGUGUUUGCAUCAAGAUCAUGUGUGUGCAUCAAAAAUCCAAAAUGUGUGUUUAAAAGUGGUGAUGAUGACACUGCAAAAUCCCUGUCAUGGCAAAAUGUGACACCCACCCUACCUGAAACCUGUCAACUGGCACAUGUAACUGUGUGUUCCAGUCUACUAGUCUAUACAUACAUCCACCAGUUUGGCUUCACUUUCCCUAGGGAUUUUGGCACCAGCUUUUCUUACAUUAGUUACAUUUUUUUGUCAUGCAUACUUCUAUUGUGUUGUAAUCAAGUCCCAGAUGUUCAGUUAGCCUAGAGAUAAUCAUCAAUCAAAAGAACAACAGAAGAACUAGCACCGUAGACUGUAUAUAGAGUGGACGCCAUCUGCCUCCUCACUGGGUGAAGCCACCCCGAGAACAGCACCCUCUGGUGACGGGCUGCAGUAUAGGUCAUAAAUCCUGCCUUCUCUAGCAAUCCCUAUGGAGCUGUUGACAAACUUUAGAAAUUUAUUACACAGAAAAUACACUUUUCUCCCCCCUGCUUGGGAUGUUGACAUGUAGGUAUUGUAAGACUGGUUUGUGCUUAAGUCCUCUUUUCUCUGUGCAGCUCCGUUUUUAAAAGUUAUUGGGGGUUCAAGUUUGCUAUGAUUGACACUUGAUACAGCUUAUGUUACACUCUUGUUACAUCUAGAACAUAUCUGGAAUCAGUCUGUGACGAAAAAAAGUUUGAACUUCAUUUAAAUGUUGACCAUUGAGAAAUAAAAGUAUAUAAAGCAUCCAUUAAACAUGAAAUACUGGACCAAUCCACAAAGCAGUUACCCUCUUGUCGUCCUGUACCCAGUGAAGCUUGAAAAUAAAGUCAUCAUUUGAGAUAGAUGCUUGAGGAUGUAAUAAUUCUCAAAUGAAAAGGUGGAGAAAGAGAGGUGUUUCCUUUCAGUCACUCUCAAGGUCAGGAGCUGAGAUUUUAGAAAGACAUCUCAAAAGUAAAAGACCAGCUUUUUCUACUGUCAUGGGCUUGAAAGGACUAUUUUGAUGCGUUGCUAAGAAUAGGGGUCAAAAAUUGCAGAUGUUAAUAGCACAUUACAAGUUUUAAGACCUUCACCUUCAUCUGUCUAUGUCAAAAAUACAGUACUAAUGUCCUGAAGAAGUCUUUGGUCUGUCUGUGUUCUCUCUAGCUUUAUUGUAUGUGUCUGGUUACCUACCUGUCAGGCAUUUGACAGUCCAAAAAUGUGUCUGCUCCUCUGCAUCCUCUGUGUGUGUGUGUAUAUACACUGUUUGUGUGUGUGUGUGUCUCUAUCUUCCAUCCCUCCAGCACACAAACAGCUUCACACCUCCCAUAUAGCCACGGCUUGAAUCAAAGAGCAGCAGGGAGAAAAACUGUGUGUGAAAACCAUAAAACACAGGCGCCUUCUGAAAAUAAAUCAGCAGCAAAGGGUCCCUCAUAAAUCUAAUGGGGUUUCACAAAGCACAUUUUCAAUUAUUUUGUGGUCGUUGGACCUGAGAUGUAGUCUGCUGUUGAGUAGAAAUGCCUGCUCCUAAAUUGGGAGAGUAAAUUUCCUCAUCAAAGAUUGUGUGGGGGCAUUAAGGUCAGCUGAUCUCUAAAACUUGUGUCAUGUCGAUGAAUAGCAGAGAUACUGAUGUUUUUUUUUAGGCUACAGUGUGUGGCACACUUCACAACCAAAAAAAAAAAAAACUCCAAUAAGUAACCUAAUUAUCUUCUCCAUGGAUCAUGAGGGUAGUCGCUCUGACGCCAGUGACGCCAACAAGAAAUGUGUGUUUGAUGUCUGCUGGAGUUGCGAUGCUGACUGCACUGACAGGAAUAACAAUGCCGCUUUGCAAAGAGAGCUAUUUUAUGAGAUGCAUUUAUCAUUUGUUGGACUGUUUUAACCAUCUGCUUCGACAAGAGAGUGUUAAUGUUCGGCUCAGUGCAAUUUUUGGAAAGUGGGGAAGAUGAAACAAUAGGGAACUGAUGAAAAGACCAAGGCUGAAUUUGGAUUAUUGGACACAUAAAAAAAAAAAAAAAAAACAGGUGCAUUUUGUUGUGAUUGUUUGCUUUUAUUUUGAGGUAUUUCCACCUGCAUACAGUUAAGAACUGCAGGAAUGAGAGGAAAGAAGGACAAGGGAUAAAGUAUUCAAAGCAAGUUUUGGAACUCACAACUUCUAGCAUCCACCGGACAAAUUUCACUUCAAAUGGGAAAAGAGGUGUGAUGUACAUAAAUUACUUUUGUGAAUGUCUUUGAUAAGGUCUAGACUAAUAUGUUCAGCCCGAAGAAAUGUCAUUGAAAGUAUGCUGUUUUUCAAAACGAUUAAUGUCACAUCCCGAUCAAUAAACCUCACUCUAAGUGCAUUCUGGGGCUUGACACAAAUCAUCUUGUUUUGCGAGUGGAACACUCUAAAUUUCUUCUGUGGCUUGAAUAAACCCAUUUAAGUGGAAUUUUAGGUUCCCCACAAGGACUAAAACCAGACUGCGCCAACCAGCGGUGUCAUUUUCACCAAAGCCUGCAAAUAUUCUGCACUUAGCUCAUGUCAUAUUCCAAAAACGAGUCGUCAAAAGUCACCCGCAUUCAGAUUAGAGCUUCAAAAUGUCAGGGAAUUCAACUUAAUCUGAGGUGCAGUCUCACAAAUCAUGUCAGACAGGAUUUUUAAAAUGUUGAAUCGGAAUUGAACGUAUUUCAAAAUGUCAUUCUCACACUUUGCAGCAACUGAUAACCUCUUACUUGCCUUCAGAGAGAAACUUAAGAGUGACAGCAAAAACUGAAGAGUGAAUCCUUCUUGUCUUUGAUAAUUACUUUAAGUUUCAAGUACACAAAAAUGUUUCCCCUGGCAAAACCAAGGAAAUCUAUAACUCAUUUCGAUUAAGUAUUGAAAUGUGUAUUUCUGGACCACAUUUAUCAUGCAUGUUAAAGUACCUGAGAACCUGUUUGAGCUAAUUGAAUACUUUGUUUUACUGUCCGAUCAGGCAAUUCAUCAGAUUGUGUCCACCGCUGUUUUAUUGCGCCUUUUUAUGGUGCUUUUUUUUAUGGCAGUCUAGGUAACAAAUGAAUAUCAUCCAUGACAAGCGUACUUACUGGAGACAUAAAGUGAUAGGCCUCUAUUACAAUAGCCAUUAAAGGCCUUUUAUCUGCGGUGCUGAAGCAAUUACCCCCUCUUUCUGAAAAUAAAUGUAUCUUUAGGAGUCGGUGCAUGCUUGGUCAUAAAUCUGCUGAUGUGCUGUCAAUAUUGACCCUGCUGUCUCUGUGUACCGGUUAAGCAGCAGAUAGGGUCGAAUGCUUUCAUUAUUUAUAUCACUUUCUGUUUAGCUUGGCAGCUCAGGCGUCCGGGGUUAGUGAUCCAAACUCCUCUUAAGAGUCGUAUAAACCCCUAAAUCUGCUGAAACAUAUUAAUCUGUUUAGUGUGGGUUGAUACUUUAUAUAUUCAUAAAAAUGAUGAAUUGCCUUUGUUUCAAACUCUAAAACGUGUCCCUUAUGCUAUUAUGCUACAUUAUUCUAUAAUUGACUUUACUGAGGCAAAUUUGAAAUAAAUUUGUGAUAUCCUUAGCCAUCUGUCAUCACAGAAAACUUGCAUUUUAGUCUGGGUUCUGAGUAACUACUUCCCUCUUGGCGUUUUGAGUGAGUGUGUGUGUGUGUGUGUUUGUAAAUUGCAUUUCAGUCCUCAGGGGCUAACAGAUGUGAAGAUAUGUAACUCAGUGACUUUACUUCUGUCACACAUUAAUGGCAAAUUCAAAUGAUGUCCCAGGAGUGUAUGAUUAACCCUGGACUGACUCACUGGCCAGCCUUAUCUCACCAAGAAGACACCAAAUCUGUCAAGUUCAAGAUAAAUGCAUGAAGACUUUUUGUGGUCUUCUUGUACUCCAUCUAAGUCCUUUUCUUUCUGUGUGAAGAAUCUGAACUUUGACAAGAACUAUCUCCUGCUUCAUUGCCUGGAGUCAGUCACUGGCAUCAUAGUCCUGUUCUUACUCUAUUAUGAAUAUCUCCUCUUUCUCAAACAGAAUCUGAACUACAAAAGGCAGGAAGCGUGUCAGAGAACCAGAUAACACAAAAGCACUUUGAGAAUUACCAGAUCAUUGCCAGCCCCUGCCAUGGUUGCCAGGCAACCAAAUCCUGCUAUUCAAUUGUUGAAUGUUGCACAGUAUCCAGCUGGUCCAGUUAUUCCCUUAUCGCAGGUACAGUGAAAGGCCCCAUUGCAUUGUGGGAAACAAUGCACCAGAGACUGAAUCAAAGCAGUGGGCUCUGCUGUUGUUCGACCAUCAGUCACAGUAAAUGACUCAACUGUAUUCUCUCACCGUGGCAGUGCUGUGUGCAGAGGUGUGGGUGUUUGUGUGCAAAAGGGCCAUCCAGUCAUGCAUGCAUGAGUUGAAUGAAUGUAUGUGUGAGCGUGAUUUGUUCCUUUAACCGACGGGAGGCCUAACUGGUGGUAUAAAUGACCUCCGUCUUAAAGGGAAUCAGCUACAGCCCUCUACUGUACAGCUGUGUGGCAACAAAAGUCCAGGUUAGAUUGAAUCACUGUUUGGCCAUGAAAUUGUAUUACAGUGACCCAGUAAGACUUCUUCAUGGUAUGAAAUGUCUGGCUAAUUCACUGCUGGAGUUUGAAUAAUCUCAGCCACAUUUUUGGACGCUGUUUCGCAGCACUUAUCAUGCCUUGUUGAUUUUACUUGCCUUGAUCGUGACUUUUGCCCCGCACUAACUCCAUUACUCAAGCAACUGUUGGCAAAUAAUUAUGAAUCCUCUCAUUUUCCACAUCAUUUCCCCGGCCUAAAGAGAUUUAUGAAUAAGCUGUUCAGUGCAAUGAAUGCCCAAAUUACCUCAGCCAAGACAGUAAUGCCUCAGUGCGAUUUGUCAUCAGUGUUAUAGAAGAAAUGGGAGGUCAACUUUUGACAUAUUUAUUGUAAAGAAAAAAGUUACAGUAUGCAGUAUUGCAUAUCAGAGAUGAUUUAAUCAUGGCCUUGUUGUGAAUAUAGAUGUGUUGUUGAGGUAAUUUUGUCUUUUUAAACUCGCUAUAGAGGCAAUUUGUAGCUCUAAUGCUGAGAGAUUUGUGUGUGACAGACUGUAGCCUUGCUUUGAGUCUCAAUUGAUUUAAAAGCCCUGAUUAUGCUUGAAAGAAAAGGCACAGCACACGACUGAGUCCCCUUUUUUGAUGCACCAUAGGAUGUGGCAGCAGCAACAAUGUAAAAGUUGCCUCCAGCAUGGUUCACUUCUUUGAAUUUGAGCUCGGAGGCAAAUGGUGGUAGUUGUUGAGCUGUCCUCUCUACAACUGCAGCAGUUUUCUGCAAUUUCAGAGUUAUGAAAGCUUUUGAAAGCUUUUUACCUUCAAAUGUGUAUUGCGUAUGAUUGUUUUAUAUGAGUUUGAAAAGACAAUUCGUCAGAGGAACACUGAUGGCAUUAACACUGUCCUUAAUCAUGUAAGUAUCGGAUAUCCUUGGGACUGAAGACUGCACAUCUAUGAAGUGGCACGGCAAAUCAUUCAUGAAUGAGCAGCCUUGAUAACAUACUUCACUUACAGUAGCCUUUCAAGAAGCACAAGGUGAACUCAUGAAUGGACUCGUGGAAUAAGCCAAGCAGUGAAAUUUGAGAAUGAAAUAUUAACCAAGUGCCGCUGAACUUAGCCCAAUUACAGAAUAACCUAUUGAAAGGAAAAUUUCUCUUUGAUGGUCAGGACCAUGAUAGCAAAAACCACUCCUCUAAUAUACACCAUCCUGCUUAACUGUUAUAAUUCUCAUUAAACUGAACAUUUCCAUUGUAGGUAGCAGAGAGGUGACUUCUCUUCCAGCUGAAAUUAUUUCCUUUCAAAAGAAAACCACCUUGAGAUGGCGACUUUUUGAUAUAGUGAUUACCAAUGUGUCAACCAACAGGUAGAGAUGAAAUGUGCAGGACUCAUUUAUUGCGAAAUUGAUUUGGCAUGAUGUGUGAUCAGGUUAUCUGUUGAGUGGUUUGAGACUGAACCACUGUUGUUAUGGGAUUUUGACCCAUCUAAAUCAGGUAAUUAAUAGGGAUGGGAGAAAAAAUCGACACAGCAUAGUAUUGUGAUAUUUUGUCUGGUGAUAUAUCGUAUCAUCUUAUUUACCAAGUAUUGAUUUUUCAAAUUUAUAGCUAAUAUGAAGUCAAACCAAUGAUAAUGGAAAAAUAAAAUCAACUGUUUGUCCAGUGAGGUUUGUAGAGGUGACAACAUAGAGCAGGAGGAAGUUAGUACAACAAAUAGAUAUAAAGUUAGGGUAAGGGUUAGAUGUGCUACAUGAAAAUGAAAAUGAAAUACAUCGUAAAUUAAACAAACAUAAAGGAAAGCCAAAUGCAAAAUUAGUAUUUGAUAUAAAUUGCAAUAUAUUGUUUCGCAAUACUCACUGUUGCCAACCCAGCUAGAGCAAUGGAGGACUCUUUCAACAGAUGGUUUGUCUUCACUUUUUUAUUUUUUAUUUUAAAAGGUGGUAGCAGUUUGACACAAAACACUUGAGAGCUGAGCAAAGGAAAAAAGGCAGAAAGAACAAUAAUUACAAACUGAUAAUAUUCAUGAUAAACAGCUAACAUAAACCAAGAUGAAAAUCUACACUACAUAAUCGCAUAAAAGGCGUACAAAGUAUUUCAUAAUUCAUGAAUAAAGAAAUAUUUAAAAAACCAUUAAAUCCAUUUAUUACAAAAGAUUGAGAUCCAGUUCAUGACACAUCCCUAGUUAACAGGGAUGUGUCAUGCCAGCUCAAGGCUUUUAGAGAGGUGGGCUGUGCUAAACACAUACACAGACCAGCACCCACACAUUUAAUGACACAUAAAUAGAAAAAUGCACACAACGUUGGCACUCAUCAUCCCCAAAUUAUAUUAAAUUUGUACCUUGUUCCCUCACUAGCUGGAUGCUAAGAGCAGAGAGUGAGUGACGGAUAUUCCUUCAGCGUCAAUGUCAAUGUCAGCUUUAUUUAUAUAGCACAUUUAAAAACAGUCAGUGGCCUACCAAAGUGCUUUACAGUAAAAUAGCCAGAGAUUUAAAAAAAACAACAAUAAAAACUAUAAAAACAAUAAAGACGUACAACAUAUAAAAACACAUAGAAACACCAUAUAGAUAAACAUAGCAAAUACAUAAAAUACCCAAUAAAAGUAGCAAUACUUCCCCAAAAGCUAAAGUGAACAGGUGCGUCUUCAGAAGUGUUUUAAAAGUGGAAAGGCAGUUAGCAGUACGCACUGUCAGGGGUAAAAUAUUCCACAAAGUGGGAGCCACGACAGAAAAUGCUCGAUCUCCCCUAGAUUCUAACCACCUGAUUAGCUGACCUCAGGACUCUGGAGGGCUGGCGCAGUUCAACAAGGUAAGACAGAUAUUCCAGGGCCAGCCAUUCAGACUUAAAAACAAAUAAAAGAAUCUUAAAAUCGAUCCUCUACCUAACAGGGAGCCAGUGAAGAGAGGAAAGCAGCAUUUCUUAGUCCCAGUCAUGAGACGAGCAGCAGCAUUUUGAAUGAGCUGCAAGCGGUUGAGCUCUGACUUGCCAAUGCCGACAUACAGGGAAUUACAGUAAUCUAAACAAGAUGGAUAACUUUAGCGUGUAUGCCCGCCGCCAUACAAACUUUUCAACUGCACUUCCUAAACCGGUACCACGCAUUCCCCUUUCCGAAACAUUUAUUUUUCCUUUACACUCACUGUAUUGCAAAAUGUAAAAAAUCGCAAUAAUACCGUAUCGUGGCCCAAGUAUUGUGAUAAUAUUGUUGGGCCACUGGUGAUUCCCACCCCUAGUAAUUAACACUGCUUAGAUAAUCAGCUAAAAUCCUGUGGUCCUCCGCUCCAUUCCCAUCGAGGGCUACAGAGCGACAGAUCCAUUUUUGUGCACGAUUGGAGUAUGUAAUACAGUGUAGUUACCGGCAGCUGUUCAAGUUGGACCUCCCCUUCAUUAAUUAGAGCACUAAUUAGACAGGCUGCGUAAUAACGAGUGGUAUUUGCACUCUCCCCUUGAAGAGUAUUUCCUGGCUGUACUUGAACGUCUCUUUUGAAAAUGCUUCUCUAGUAUCGUCAUAGUAUACAGAAUGUACUCCUCAACAUAAGAGGACACAAUUGGCCAUUCUGGUCAUGCUCAGUCUGAAACAAAUGUUACCUCACGUUGGCUUGUGUUAGAGUAAGAGAGGUAUGAAAUAGGCUUAAAUUCAUGUGUGGCGCUGACAUUUACAGAUGACUAAUCUGCUCUAGACUGCCUGUAGAGCUAAGGUUUUAUAAUCAGCUGUAGGUCAGUGCAGAAGUGGUGGAGCAGAGAGACAGAAAGGUGACAGAGCAUAUAAAUAUGAAAGAUUAUUUGGAGCUGUGACAGGUUUGCUGAACUUAUGCACAAACUGAAUGUUUGAAAUAGUACAUUUGCAUUUUAUUUGCUCCGAUUGUAAGUUUAGAGGUCUUUUGAAGACUGUCAAUCAUCUGAAUCUGAAACACAUCGCAGACGGGCUUAUGUGCUCUUUGAAAUGUAAACAUUUUGCUUGGAGUAGGUCUGCUCAUGUGCUGUAUGUGCAAUUGGAAAAGUGUAUUUUUAGUCUCUGUAAUGCUGUCAGGGUUUGCACUGGCUAGCUGUCGCUCAUUUUCUGGAUCCUGUAAAAGCUGUCAUAGGCGAGGCAGGCUUCCACUGAGAGGAAACAGAUUGCCGGCGUUGUGAGUAUUCUGGGUUAGAGGAUAAAGCAAGAGCUGAGCCCCGAAAGUGGCGGCAGACCGUGGCCAAGUGCCCACAUACACAAACAUACAGGCACACACACUGAGAGGAAGAUGGAGAGGCUAUAAAUACACGGGGUAAUGAGAGUGUGGUGUCGCUGUCAUCCUCAUGCUCUGUCGCCAGUAGCCACACUUUCUCUCUCCUGGCUGUUCCAUAUCAGAGCGUGUGCUAAUAUGCCCAUGCAAACACAAUACAGACAUUAAUGGAUUACAAACUCAGGUAAGUACACAAUUAUAGUUCAAGCUUCUUUCCGUUUAUGUAUUUUUAAGAGGUUUUAAAUCUGAUUCAAAGCUUAUAAUAAGAAUCAGGUUAUUACGUUACUAUUACACAAUCCUCUAUUGUGCCAAUUCAAGGACACAUAUCACUCUCAAAAGGGUUUGUUCACAUGAAAUAAACCAACACAUGCUAGGAUUUUGUGAGGAUAGUUUUCCACCAAGUACAGAAACACUUUCAUCAUUGUACUAGUUUCACUUUUCAUUCCUAUUUUUGAUUUAUACAUUGAACAUAAGAAUCUUCCAUUUUCUACACAGGAUCACAAUAGUAUGGUAAUACAUCUGUAGUCUAGUCUUGAUUUCUCAUAUAUAAGUCAUUUUUUGAUGCACCAGUGUCUGGCCCUCAGUCCAUAAACUUUUUAUUUUGUGCUGCCACUAUCUUCAAUUCAUAGUGCCUCUCACAGGGGCUUACUGUUGCUAGGUUACAAAAGUUGUCUCAUGGCACUCCCACUUACUUAGAACUGUGACCAUUGGGACUGUUGACCUGCUUCAUAUUUGCUUUUAUUCAAGGACAUUUCUAAAAGAAAGGAAAACAGGGAAAAUAAUUGUUUUCUGGCAAGAGCAGCGACUCAGACCAGUAAAUGUCCCCUCAAAAAGAGAAGAAUCUGAUAAGUUUAUCCUUUUGUCAUUGUUGUUUACAGAACUCACAUCCAAUGUCCUGCACCCUCUGAUUAGUCAGCUGGGGAGAGAAGAAAUUGACAAGUCCAGUUGCUGUAUUAGUUUUGUACAAGAAAUAGAAAAAAAUGAGUCAAGGAUACAGUUCGUUCUUGCCACAGUGGUCCAAGGUGUAUUUUGGGCACUUAAGAUAGAAAAUCCUGUUUUUUUAAAAACCUGGAUAAGACCAUAGACUGUAUAGAAUAGACAGUGUCUUCCUCCUCGCUGGGUGAAGCCACUCAGAGAACCUCACCCUCUGGUGACAGGCUGCAGUAUAGGUCAUAAAUCCCGCCUCCGCCAGCCAUCCUUAUGGGGCUGCGUGGACAAACUUUAGAAAUUUAUUACACAGAAUAUACAUUUUUCUCCCCCCUGUUUUAGAUGUUGACAUGUAGUUAUUGUAAGACUGGUUUGUGCUCAAGUCCUCUUUUUUCUGUGCAGCUCUAUUUUAAAAAGUUAUUAGGGGGUUUUUGUUUUCUAUGAUUGACACUUGAUACAGCUUAUGGGAGUACGAAGAUUGCGCAGCUCACCCGGGGGAUACGCUGUUUGAGCCGAGCGUCAUCACAGCGACCCUUGGAGAGACUCUCCCGCCGAAUGUGUAUAACGCUACUGCGCAAUGUUGGUUUCAGGAAAUGAAGAAAAAAAAUGCAGAAAUACAGAGAGCUUUUCGGCUUCAAAUCUUACUGGCGGAAGGCAGAACUAAGUUGUCCAUAGUAUAUCCAGUCUAUGGAUAAGACCUUGCCUAGAUAUCUGAAACCAGAACAUUUAUAUGCAAAGCACAUAUUCAAGAUUAUUGAAAAAUGUAAUCAUAACAAGGACUGCAGUCCUCAUGUAAACACAAUCUUUGUUUCGUUCUUGUCUAAAUGAAUUCUGACAUUUUGAUUGACCUGCCAUUAUUUUUGAUUAUUCUACUCCACAAUGUGCUCAAACUGAUAAUGCGGUUGUGUGUGUGUUUUUUUAUCUUUAUUGUGGUCCGCCAAACGUUAAUGAAAACAAUGGCAUUUUUCCAGCAGUUGUUGAUCAUCACAGAAUAAACACUGUACAAAACAAACAUCGUCGACGGUUUAUUCCAGGAAUGCAGUAGCUUGUGUCUAAUCAAUUUUGAGAUUAACAAGAUUUGACAAAGCUCAGAGCCUAAAAAAGCACAAACCCUUAAAAAGAACCGCUUUGUAUGUCCCCCGAGGGCACUUUGAUUCCCUCUAUCCUCCUGCCAGCUCACUUCAUGCCUUGCUCAGCUUUCAUUGAUGUGAAAAUCAUUCUACAGAUACGGGAAUAUCAAUGUGUGCCGGUUUGCCUACUCCUCACACCUGCUCAUUUGUGUGUGUCUGUGUGUGUUUUUAUUUGUGUGUUUUUUACCAUUUUAUUUUCACGCCGGAUCAGUCCCUGUCUGUUGAACCUCCUGUCUGAACUGCAUCUGAGCGCCGAUGCCAGCCAGGACACACCACCCAGAUGAAAAGAAAAGAGGCUUUUUUAUGUACACAUUUAAAUUGCAUGAGCGUGUUAUUGUGCUCUUACUUAGCUUUAGAAGGGUAAUUGGAAAUUGAAUAUUGGGUCUGUUUGAAUGUGUGUGUGUGAGACAAACAGAUACCGAGAAACUCAUCUCUCCGAGGAGAGAGGGAAAAUUAGACAUCGAUAUUGUUAAUUGAAUUCAGUCACAUGAAGUCUUGAAUUUCAUGCCACAUUCCAUAUUUUCAGUAACUCCCUCGGCAGCUAGUCUUCCGUAUUUCAUUACUGUUGGUGUUUCAUAACGCAAUGAGCCUCGUCUUCCUUGAUGAAGAUGUCUAUGAAAAUCAUCACUCUCACAAAAGACACAUCCAGCCCCCAGAGAAAGCUGUGGGUGGAUGUGUGGGACUGCUGUAUCAAAUCUCUUGCGCUACCAAUCUCAUCGUGCAUGGCCUCGUUUUCGCUGCGGAGCAUCAGAGAUUUACCAGAACCAGACUGCAAGAGAACCAGAAAAAGAGUCUAAAAUCACUUUACAGUCCUGAGUGGCCCCUGCUCACCGCAGACCAAAGCCUGUGUAUCCAUGACAACGCUAAGAUGGGAUCCACUCUUAGCCAUUGACUCCUCUCAGUCAGCGCAGAGUGCUGAGGGAGGAAGUGAAGAUAAGGAGAGAUUCAAUUCAAUUUGCUCUGAACGGCUGCUUGCCCCUCAUGUAAAUGGAAUAAAUAGGUUACACUCUGAGCCACACAGGGGUGAAGCAGGGAAACAUAAAAAGCUGAGAAUUAUGUUGUCAUGGUUAAGUCCCCUUUAGGUCCCCAAAGAUAUGAUGAUAACUCUGGUGCGCUCCCUCCUUUUUUCCUUUUAAUUCUGUUUCUUUUUCGAGUGCUUAUCCUUUUUGAAGACUCUUCAGAAAGAAAGAGAGAAUCGGCGCCUCCUCCCUCUUGGAGCUUUUCUGUUUGAGAAAGAAAAAUCUUCUUCAGAAACAAAGCUCACUGCUGAUGCUCUUAAAGCUUGGCUUGAUUUGUGUUUUGACUCAAAAUGUCAGAGACUGAAGCCUAAUGUAAAUAUGAAAUUAAGUUCUGAAUACACUAAAAAAAAAACAGCAGCACAAUUAAACACAUACCACAUAUGAAGAGGGAAACAGGGGAUCAGCUGUACAGAUUUUCCUAAUGUCAUCCAGGGAUGAGAGAAGCUGGUGCACUCCUUGUGGGAUUCUUACCCCAAUUGUGUUGACCCAGCUCUGCUUCGAUCAAUAGCUCUUUCCAUCUGUGGUUUGUUUGGGUGGCAUAGCCUCUGUGUGUACACACUUUAAGUACUGUUUCUAGUCAAAGUGGUGCACUUUUGUGUGAGAGUCAUGAGGGGUGGGAAUCACCAGUGGCCCCACGAUACGAUAUUAUCACGAUACUUGGGCCACGAUACAAUAUUAUUAGGAUUUUUAACAUUCUGCAAUACAGUUAGUAUUGCUAUACAAUAUAUUGUGAUUUUUACAUUUUUUUCAACUGUUUAGCUUAUUUAGCAUUUGUCUUUCCUUUAUGUUUGUCACUUUUACACUGUAUUUUAUUUUCAUGUAGCACAUUGUGCAAACUUUAUAUAUAUUUGUUGUACUAACUUUCUCCUGCUCUAUGACGUCACCUCUGCAAACCUCACCAGACAAACAGUUGAAUUUUUUUUUUUCAUUAUCAUAGAUUUGACAUCACAUUAGCAAUUAAUUUGAAAAAUCGAUACUUGCUAAGUGAGACGAGACGAUAUAUCACCAGACAAAAUAUCACAAUACUAUGCGGUAUCGAUUUUUUUCUCCCGCCCCUACUAAUUUCCUGAUUUAGAUGGUUCGAAACCCCCUAACACCAGUGGUUCAGUCUCAAACCACUCAACAGACAACCCGAUCACGCGUCAUGCCAAAUUUUGCAAGAAAUGAGUCCUGCACACUUUAUCUCUACCUGUUGACACAUUGGUAAUCACUUUAUCAAAUGAUAUCAAAAUAUCCUUUGAUAUAGUGUGAUAUAUCACCAGACAAAAUAUCGUGAUACUAUGCUGUAUCGAUUUUGUCUCAUGCAUAUGUGGUUUGAUGUGAUUUGAGACACAGUACCUCUCAAAAUUUGGUGACAAAUUUAGAGUUUUAACGUUAAAUGUUGUUUUUAAAGAAUUUCAGCGGUCAGUGUUAAAAUAGCCCUUCUUAGAUCCCCGAGCUGAAAUGCAAACCUUGUAUGAGAGUCCCCAGGCAGUGCUUGUGGAAAUUACCCAAGAAUAAAAUCAAGCAGCCAAACAUUGCUCUCCACACAGAGAAGCAGAGAGUGUUUGCCUUGUUUGACCUUCAUGUGUUGGUUUGACCAAAGCCCCCCUCAGUGCCAAAAAUGUAUCCUCCGUGCACCCCCUUCUCGUCUCAUCCCCCUUAGAUCACAGGAUCAAGCUGUUUACCCUGGGCUUGCUGUGUCAGAUGAUCCUCUUCUGUUCUCAGCCUGCCAAGCUGGCUUUCGGCUGCACAGACACUAACACUGCAGUCAGUGGCAAAAAUAAAAAUAAAUGCAACACCUUCUCCCACAAAUAUUUACCCGCACUUUACCCGUGAAAGACAUGGCAGUAGCAGAAUUUCAAAACUGUGAGACCGUAUUUGGAGGGCGAAUAUCUGUUUGUGCGUCACCUAGCUCAAUUUAGGUUUUAAUAUCAGACAAAAAGUCACCUGUUCACUUUGUGGUAAUAAUUGAACCUUUGUAUUUAUUUUAGUCAGGGAUGCUCCAGUCCUAUAAACUGUUCCAUCUUUAGAUAUGUCUCAUGAGUAGCAAAGGAAAGCGAUGGUCCUUAUCAGCCAAUCUGUCAAAUUUCAUAGCUGGACGGGCAGAGGUUAUUUCCUGGCAGCCCAGUUCCAUCAGUGCAACAUUUCCUUAUCUAAGCUUUAAUCUCAAGGGUUGGGAGAUAUUUAUUGAGUGAAGAUGGAGUUUAUCUCUCUAUGUGUCUGUGUAGGUGGAGGAGAUAGUGGACGUUGGGACCUUCGCUGAGGAGGACAUCCACAUACCCAGCAUCUACAUCCAAAGGAUUGUCCAGGGAGCCAGCUACGAGAAAAGGAUUGAGGUACAAGACAAGGCCUUUCAGAACUCGCAUGGAUGGAGAGAUUAUACAUGAAAGCAAUGAAAUGGCACGCUGCAUAUGUGCUUUCCAUAUUUUCUGGAUUAUUUCAUUAAACAAGGUUGAUUUAUGUAAAAUGUUGCACUGAUUCUUCUCCUGUUUUCUGGAUCAUGAGAUUAUAUCAGUGCAUUAAAAGCAAUGCUUCAUGUAACACUUGCGUAGAUUGAUAAAAAAAGGUGAUUAAUCCUGUAACAAUGGAGAGUAAACCCCCCCUGACUAAGCCAUUGUAGCCCGGUUUAACCUUUGAAUCACUGUUGAGAAACACACAUACAAGCGCUUAUCCAUAUGUGUCCUUGUACGCAGCCAGAAAUAACCUCCAAAGAUGCUUUCUCCCAGUUCCUUACCUUCCUUUAUCUUGUUCCAGAAACGUACAGUACAGAAAAGCCAAGCAGAGAAACCCAAACCAAAGAAGGACUCAGAUAUUGUUCGGGAAAGGAUCAUUCGCAGGGCUGCUUUGGAGUUUGAAGAUGGCAUGUAUGGUAUCCUUUUGCAAGCAGACAGUGCAACACUAUGUACUAUCUUUAAUUAUCAAGAGCAAACUCUUGUGCUUUGGCUUUUUGUUUCCCACACAAAAUGCUGACUUUAGCCUUUGCAUCAGUUGUUUGUACUUGCAAAUUAUACACCUCCAAUAUUAAUAUCAGUAUUAAACAUUUACAGGCUGUUGCUUUAACAUUUGCCACAGGCUUAUCUGUGUAUUAUAUGGAUGAUUCAGUGUGACAAAUUUGGUUUCGUGGAAAUGUUGAGACUUAAAAUCUGUGGUCCCAAGCCCUCUCCAGAUGACAGUUUUUUUUUAGCUUAUUUACAUAACAUGAUUGUUAGGAUGAGUCAACAAGGUGCUUAAAAAUGAGGGUUUGAGCGAGUGUUUGGCAAAGCAUCUUUCAACAUAAUGCUGGGUCUGCUUCUUUCUGUCUCUGUGUCUCAUCACAUGGUAGUGCACAUGUAGUCGUGACCAUCUUUAACAAAGAGCCCAUCAGCCAACCUUGGUAUUGGUAUCCCCAUGCUGGCCAGCAACUUCAUAAAGCCAGACAUCACUGUACACCUACAAAGUGAAAAUGGAAUUUUGGGACUGGUAAGACGCCUACAGAAGCCUUUCUUUUUCCUUUCAGCUUACAGCGCUUUGAACUCCAACCAAACAAGCUAACGAGCAGCAUAUUUUCUGACCAUGCUGUUUUGAAAGCAGGAAUAAAUGCUUUUAAACUUAACCGUCCUCUGCACAUGAAGCGAGAUAAACGGAGGCUCGUUUGAGUGGCAUCAUUCCUAGCCAGGGCCUUCAUUUGAAAUGUGCAGGAGUUUGUUGUGUAACAACUUGUAGCAGUUUGACACUUUCUCUUCCAUUUUUCGUUCUCACAAGCUUUAUUUGCUGGCAGAGACUUCAACAAAGACGGCUGCUGUUGCUGCCUUGGAAUGACUACCCGAUCAGUUGUUUUGACAGGAGAAUGUAGGCGCCUAUGCUAAUGCUUUAUUUGUCAAAGUUUCUUUUAAUUACUAUUGCCAGUUUUAGAGAGGGUCUGCUCUCCCCUCUCCCCUGCUCCCUUCUCUCUCUCUCUCUCUUCUCCUGUCUGCCUGACAGGAUUGCCCCUUUUGUUGAACACACGGAAAAUCAAUGUCUCAUCUAAUCAGAAAAAUGUGAUUGUGUCUGUCCCUCCCUUGAAAGAUCAUGGCUGGUCAGGCUGAUUGACAUGUGGGUGUAUGUGUGACUGCCGAACUGUGUGCAAAUUCUCGUUUAUCUUCAUCUCCCCUUUUACAGGGCCCAUACCCCACUGACGAAGCAGUGGAUGCGGACCUGAUUAAUGCUGGUGAGUGUUAUCCUAAUCAAUACCUCACACUAGUGCGCUUGUGUGAAAAGUCGUGCAAACAUUUUCAAGGAUGAGUGCGUUUUAGCUCACACACUAUAAGAUGCCAUACGGUACGAGACUAAACUCAGUUGUCAUAGUAUAUGAGAUUUCAAGUGUUUAUCCAGGUGUUUAUCCAGUUCCCACUUACUUGGGGUGGGAAUCACAAUACGAUAUUAUUGCGAGACUUUUUAACAAUUGCAAUAAAGUGAGUAUUGCGAUACAAUAUAUUGCGAUUCAUACAAUUUUUUCAACUGUUCAGCUAAUUUAGCAUUUGGCUUUUCUUUAUGUUUGUCUUAUUACCACAGUAUUUUAUUUGAAUGUAGCACAUCAUGCAAACCUUAUAUAUAUAUUUGUUGCACUAACUUUCUUCUGUCACCUCUGCUGGACAAACAGUUGAUUUUUUUUCCAUUAUCAUAGAUUUGACUUCAUAUUAACAAUAAAUUUGAAAAAUCGAUAUUUCGUAAAUGAGACGAUGUGAUAUAUCACCAGACAAAAUAUUGCGAUACUGUGCUGUAUCAAUUUUUUUCUCCCACCCCUAUUACUCACCAAUGCACAGAGAUUUGAAUGACUUUCUAAUGACAACAGGGCAUCUUAAUAAAGCUUUUUAAAGUGAAAAUCCACCUGCUGAUGUACAACAUUUUCCAACAUUUUAGUGUGCUUUUAUCAAAGUUUACUAAAACUGGACUUUACCAAAUAUUAAAUUUGCCAAUCCUCUCUUUGGAUAGGAAAGGAGACGGUCACUGUGCUCCCUGGGGCCUCCUAUUUUUCCAGUGAUGAGUCAUUUGCCAUGAUCCGGGGGUAAGGUCACAACACAAAAGCUUUUAAAACUCUCAAUAAAUUAGACAUUUCUGGAUUUCAUCAGAGGGAGCUCAUUUACACUUUCAAAUCAUUUGCGAAACAACAUGAGUUCUGUCUAUAAACUUCUUAGUGUGGCUUAAAAAAACAAAGAAAUAACAAAUAGCACCAGAAACCAACAAUCGCUGCUGAGCAGGACCAGACCACAGGACACUGCCAUGAUUUGUAACACUGGAUAUUAACAAAUAGCCACUGUCACCAGUGGAGCAAGACAACAGCUAUGCCAAUAUUCCCAAGGUCCCUGCUUCUUAUUGAUUUGCCAGCUGUCUGAGAUCGCCCGCCCGCACUCCCUGCAGCAUCAGUUCUGUUUGUCCACCCAGUGGAAAUCCAAUAGUGCUCAUAAAUAGCGCUGUCCAGUCAGUGGCUGCGAUCAAACAAAACCGCGCUGACUAUAUGAGUGUGUGUACUUGCUGUUAAAAGUCUAGAGUUGCAGAGUAAGAAUAACACAACAUAUGAUUGUAACCCAUGUCACUUCUAAAGCUGGGAUUACUUUUUUACUCCAGCUUCAUCAUGAAACUUUUUUACUUUGCAGUCUUAGUGUCUGCGAGUGGCCCACCUGCCUUUUGUUUUCACGUGCAGCAGGGAAUACAAAUCAAGACUCUUUCACUUUCACUCCUCUCAUUAGUGCUGAAGGUCCGGGUUUGAUUUUGUUUGUCUGCAAGCAUCCAAAUAAACAAUUUAUCUGCUGUAGAAGCGUUGUCUGAUUUCUCACUUUUAACUUGAAAAUGUUGUAGAAACAGACAGUAAGUUUUGUUUUCUUAACUUGGCUCAUACAGCAAAACUCAUAUCGUAGGGAUUUCUUAUAGAAGCUUGAGUAGAGAAGUCCUCCACUCCAAGUAGAGAUUGAAUUGAACUCAAGAAAUAAGUUAUAUUGAAGAUUAAAUAACAACAAGAAACUAAAGUUUGAAAAGGAAUAAAAACAAGAAAGUAGUGUUCUUGUUUUUGAGUGAACUAGUGAGUUCAUAAAUGUAACUGACUCUGAAGUUGACAGCUGUCUUCCUCUGUCGUGUCAUCCUCUGCAGAGGUCACGUCAACCUGACAAUGCUUGGAGCCAUGCAGGUGUCAAAACACGGAGACCUAGCCAACUGGAUGAUUCCAGUAAGUUUGGGUUUGGCUGAACACAUCACAUCUGUUUCUUCUUCUUUUUUUUUUCCAACAUUUCUGCUUUCUGCUCUGACCGCUCUAUAACAUGACAUCAACUCAGUCCCAACCUGCAUCAGAAAACCUGAGCCCUGAAUCUUUAUGGACUGUAAUGGUGUCAUGAGCAGGUUUGUAUGUGUUUGAGUUCCCGAGGGCUUGGGGUGCUGCAAAAAGAAGUAAGAGGGCACCCUAUCAUGACAUGACAAAAAAUAUUAAAAAGAUGAGAAAGGAGAUAAGAAAAGACCAACCUGCAAUACAUGUGUGAGUAGUUUACAUCACCAAGUUCACAAUGAACUCUGAUAAGAAAGUGAAGUCUACAGGGAGCCAGACUCACCAAGGGUGAAAUUUGGUGUUGUUAGGCCCACAUCUGGGCACUAACACACCACAUGAUCUUAGUGUUGGGCAGGACUCAACACUCACACUAAGCUGAAAAAAGGAGCUCCAAGUCCAGAAUUCAUUGACGUGAAAAUUGAGAAUAAGCCAUGACCUGUUGCAGGAUCUAGAUGCUUUUGCACUUGUCUGUGCAUGUACUGUCUCUUUGAUAUUCAAGAAAUCAAAUGACAAUAUGUAUCCGAUUUUGAAACCUUUAACUCAGCCUCUAAGAUUUUGAUUUCCCUCUGCUCUUUCGUGAAUUUACAUUUUCUGACAUUCAAUUGCUAACACUUUCUGGAAAGCUUUCAAAUCAAAAUAAAAGAUAAAAUACAACCAACAGAUAUCUGCAGUUGGUUACAUUUUAAUAUGUUGGUUAUUUUCUCUGUCAAUCAUUCAGUGUAUUGCAGAAAAUGUUCCCGUCUCAUAACAAAUUCAAAGAGCCGGAGCAACAUCUCUCCCCAGUGAGCAGUUUUCUGUAGAGCAGACAUUAAAAGAGGAGUCUAGCCACUAUUAGAAAGAUUAGGAAAAACUUGUUAAAAGACUCUCUUUGUACAUGUUGAUUAAAUGUCUAUGUUAAUCCAGAUUUACGGCGGCAGUCAUUUCUCAGUUUUGGCCAAAAUGAAUACACUUCAGGGCAUCAACGUCCCUGGUGAGAAAAUGAGAUGAAGCAAGUUUUGAUCCAGUGACCUUCAGCAUGUGUACCUGAAGGUUGACAGCUUCUGAGUUUGUUGUGACAGCAGGUAUGAAUAAUCCACAUCAGCAUCAAGGGGUCCCUUUACCUUUGCAGUCCGAGCCGCACAGCAUAAAAACCUGCUCACGGGUUAGGGUUAGGGUUAGCUGUCUCUUUUCUUCUUGUAGGUAAAGUUUUAAAACCACUUGUAUUUUGUCUUUAAACUUUCUCUAUAGCCAUUGUGUGCUGUUAUUAUGACUUUGUAUAAAAAACUAGUUUCACUGAAAUUGUCAUUUCAGUCACCACUGAAAGAUGCAAUCAUGAAAAACUUCUUUCGCUGUCUUUCAUCCCUAAAAUAAUUGAGAAAAUUGAAGAACAAAAGAGUGUUUAUGUACAGGUGCAUCUCAAUGGGUUAGAAUAUCAUCACAAAGUGGGUUUAUUUCAGUAAUUUGGUUCAAAAAGUGGAAGUCAUGUAUUAUAUAGAUUCAUCACAUGCAGACUGGUAUAUUUCAAGUGUUUAUUUCUUUUUAUUUUGAUGGUUAUAACUUACAGCUCAUGAAAACCCCUCAUGUUUUUAUUUUCCUGCCCACACUGCCAAAUAUACCAACACCUGGUUUAAGGACCAUCGUAUCCCUGUGAUUGAUUGGCUUGCAAAUUCGCCUGACCUGAAACUCAGAGAGAAUCUAUGAAGUGCUGUGAAGAGGAAGAUGCGAGACCCCCAGACCCAGCAACCUGAGCUUCCAUAAGAUCUUAGCAGUGCCACAGACUGAUCGCCUCCAUGCCUUGCUGCAAUAAUCCAUGUAAAGGAAGCCCCAACCAAGUAUUGAGAGUUAUACAUGUUUAUAUUUUUCAGUAGUUUAACAUUUCUGUGUUGAAAAUCCUUUUUUAAAUUAUUAGUGUGAAGUAAUAUUUUAAUUUUCUGAGACUCCGAGUUUUGGGUUUUUAUGAGCUAUAAGUUAAAAUCAUCAAAAUGAAAACACUUGAAAUAUAUUAGCCCGUGUGUGAUAAAUCUAUAUAAUAUAGGAGUUUCACAUUUUUGAAUUAAAUCACUGAAAAACCUCCACUUUUUGAUAAUAUUCCAAUAAUUGAGAUGGACCUACAUGUAGAUGCUAUAAUAAGGUUUUAGCCAUUUGAAAACUGGUUCUCUUGAAAUUUGGCGAAAAGCUGGUAGAAAACCAGGUCUGAGGAUUUAACAGUGAAAUCAAAGCUAGUGCCCACAGGCUCAGGACAAGACCCUGAGGUCUUUGGUUUGCUUUUAUAUUAGCGAAAAAACGUUAGCAUCCCUACAAAGAACAGAGAUAAUGAGAAUAGUCUUGUGUUAAUCAGCUUCCUUUUCCAUCCUUCUUCUAAAUACCAGGAUGUGUUGCGUUAUGACUCAUAAACCUUUAAUCAUGUUUGCAUGUAUUGCCUGGGUGACAUCAAGAUUUAAACAGAUUUUUAAUAGUUGUCGUUAAUUGUAUUUGUUGUCAUUUCUUGUGCUACUCUAUUUAUCUUUUAGACAGGCAUAAUUGUAACGUCUUUAUCAUUUCAUGCUUGGUGUCUUUGAACAUUUCCCUGAGUUGGUGAUGUCUUUGUAAAAGCAGAUUCAUGAGGUGCAGUCUUGGUUGUUAUGCAACAGCAGUAAGAUAUGUUGGUCUAGGGAUUGAAGGGUAAAGGUUGUUAAUGUGAGCCCCGGUAUAAUGGGUGGCCAACAAAUAUUGCUUUAUGUUUCAUCAGGUCAAUUGAUCUUAUGGCCACAGUUGCCACAGUCCUCCUCUGUGAUUACUAAGGUCAAGAACCCAUUAAAAGCCUGCCUACAAAAAGAGAGAAGUGGACCAGAAUGCCUCCUGGCACACGGCUGUUUUCUGCUUGACUGGAGUGCACAUGCAAGGUUGUUACAGUCAGUGCACUGUUUUCUUGAUGCUUCUCUUUUCAAGCAGCCCUAGUGGAUACAGACACAGUGUUUCAGAUACAUAGAGACCUUGUGGAAAUUGCUUUCUUCUUCAAACAUAAUGUGUACAGUUUGUGCUUGAUGUACGGCAGCGUUGUGUGGAGGAUGUACUGCACUAGAUCUCUAAUUUAUUUUUUCUUUACCUCUCUUGUUGUGCUUGUUUGUCUUGGUGAUUGCUCAUUAACCAGUGCUUGAUCAAACAAACUAAGCAGACAUUGAAGACAUGCAGAGGAACCGCAAUGCAGUAGCAGGGAGUUUACCUCAUUAGGCCAUUCAAGUGUUGGACAGUUUGUAAAGCACAAUUAUACACCAACACAAGCCCACACACCUCUGCCCCCUACCUACACUCGCAUCUCCAUUGUUCUCGUCUUUAAAGGAUGUAUGAUGAGAAUUACAUUUCCCACCUUCUUUGACAAUGAGAAUUAUUCACUAUCUAUCGAUGGGUACAAAGCGUGAAAUUGGAAAUGUACGUAGGAGUCUGGAACGCAGUAUUCUUAGCAUGAUUAUGUUGAUUUUGAAUGCUGCUAAUACGCUAAGUGCAGAUGAACAUUUUCCAGUUGAGGGCUUUAAAUGCUUUUACAUCUCCUCUCUGCCUGAGAUAUGGGAAAACAUUAUUGGGAGAUUGGUAAUAGAAUAAAGCAUGGUAUUCUGGAUCUGGUCCACUAUUUUAUCCUUGAGCUUCUAGGGCUUUAAUAGAGCUGUCCAACAUGCAGCAGGCCUUGCAGGAGAGGAAGACAAACAUUUUUCCUGCAUGAUUCGUAAAAUGUAGCAACACAAAGCUGUCAUAAUACAACAUAUGAAGAUAUUAAACUCUGGAAUUCCACCAUAGUUUUCAUUUGCCUGUCCAAAUCUGAGGGCAUCAUUCAGAUGAGCUGAUUUUGAGGAUAGAGGAAAUUCAUAAGCAUGAGUCUGAUUUUAAAACAAAAGCACAGUAGAACCCAGUUAAAUAGCCUUUUAACUGAGAAAACAAGAGCUACAUCUGUUAAUAUCCCCAUCAGCAUAAGCUAAGUGUAACAGCAGCUUAAGCGUCAUUAAAGCUGCUAUUAAAAUGCAGUCAGUGACUCAAGUACACAUAAUAAGGCCUAAUAGCAGCUUUAGCAAAGGGGCUAUUAAAGACAGCCUCAUUCAUUAUCCUGCUUUAACUAAACCAAACUUACUUGGACAUGUUUCAGGAGAAACUGCUCAGUGAAGAAUGUCCUUUUUAUAUAUUUUUACCUGCCCAAACAUUUCAGUGUCUUUUUCAGUAAAUUUCAUGAAUGACAAGUUUUUGUUCUCCAGUGCAUUUUCCUGAGAUUCACUGAAAUUUUAGGUGGUUUCUGUCUUUGUUUUCAGAGCGUUUAAGAGUUCUUUAUAGUUGUUCCUACUUCUGUUAGCUUAAUGAAAUGUAAAAUUUUCAUAUGAAUCCUUGAACUGAUAUGAACCUUUCCUCAACGUUUUUUUUUUUUUUUUUGAUUAUAAUAAUUACCCUCCGCAUUUUGCCCAUUUCUUCUUCUACUCCUUCGUUUCUUUUUCAUUCUCGUUGAGAUUUACAUCUGAAUGAACUCAAAGAUCAUUGGUCAUUUGGAAAAGAAAACGUUGCUUGUGUUUUCUUGCAAUCGAUUUUACAGCUUUCAUCAGUCAUACUCUAUAACAGAAAUGUUUUCCAGUUACUUUGAACACGAUUUCUAUUGCCUCCCUGUCACGUCCCGUCUCUCCUUCUAAUUCUUCUCAUUAGUUGUCUGGGUAACGAAGGCUUGUGGCGGUCCGUCGCUAUGUUAUUAAAUAGAGUCAUUUGUAUCAGACAGCGGAGAACUGUCAGAGAAUUUGUGGGGGAGAGAGAGAGGAAGCCAGUUGGUUAGUGGGAACUCUUGGAUUGUGAAGGGGGUCAUUUUCUGUGGUGUGUCUGCCACUGACUGGAAAGUGAACACUUGCACAACAAAUGAGGAUUUUCUGUCGUCAUGGCAACACAAAAAAUGCAAGCAACCCCUGUCUGGAAAAAGAAAUGGAGCACUAGUCAAAGUAUGCUUCCUAAGAUGCUUAUCUCAUGCUUUGAAGCAGCAGCUGCGUAUUUUAGACGGCCAGUGACAGUAUGUGUUAGAAACAGAAAUAUCUUUUAACUCUUCUUGUUUACAGCGUGGAGGGUCAAGAUCAACUUUGCAUAACAUAUAGCAGAUUUGAAUAGUCAUACCUGUCAAUCUGUUGUCUUAGACAUGUUGAGGAAAAUAUUGUAUGAAAGCCUUUCAGUGCAGUUUGAUUCCUGCUCAAUGCGUACUGUUAUAAAAGCCUCUUAAGUCUUACAUAAAUAGCCUCAGUUUUUAGCCACUGGCAACUCGCUGGGAAAGUGUUGUUGGUUGAGUGGGACUGACUGUGUCAUUGUCUCUGCCAUCCCAUGUUUUGAUGGGUGUCAUCUCAGCGAAGCUCUGACUUUGGACGUACUGUUAUCUGGGUUCAACACCACUGACUCUGCUUCUUGCGCUCCCCCCCUACACUAUCCCUCACUUUAAAAGCCAUUAUAUAGCUGGAUGCUCCAUUACUUACAUCCUCUCUAAAUGCCUGUUUAAUUAGCUCAUGGGUAGUCUUACAGAGCGUAUAUCUGCUGCUGGCAAGGAUUCAUUUCAAAGACAAAGAUACAUGCAAAGCGAAAAAUUAAAAGAAUGAAAUGGACUUUUCAGACCUGUGGGGAAAAGUGCGAGCAGAUUUUCUCAUUACUUGCGCUCAUAUGAAGCUGUGAAAUGAAUAACCACAAGGAUGACAUUAAAGUUGCUUUGAAUCCUCAUACAUGCUGUAACUGGGCAUUUGUGCAAAUCUGAAUUGUGUUAGGUUUUCUGUGAUACACUACAUGAAUAGCAGCACUUCCUCUCAAACAGUUUUUAUUAAUGUAUCCCUGUGAUUCUAUUUGAGCAGCUGAGCAACGCCUCUCAGGUUUACAAAAGUACAAAUUCUUUGCUCAAAGGAGUAUUUUAUGUUUCUAUGGCUUCUGCUAAUGAAAAGUGGAAUGAUACUCAAGUUCAGGUGUCUGACUGCCCCAGUAGUGUUGCAAAGAUUACUGCAUUGUGGGUAGGAAAUUAAAAACCUGCAGGGCUUUGGUCAGUCCAGUAAGGUUAACAUCAUCAAAGCUGCAUUAAUUAAAUGACUUUAAUUGCUCACAGUGUUGCUGGCGUCAUAAGUAGAGGGUGUUUAUUUCUGUGGAUAUUGUUCUGACUUCAGAUGAUUGCUAUUUAAGUGUGUUGCAGUUUGUUUGGGCAGUGAGCCAGAUGCUUUAGCGUCUAUCCUCCAAAGUCUCCAGUUCUCUUGGUUGCCAAAGUAUUAUCCCCUCAUUAUGGGUUGAGUCCAAUUUUAGAAGGAAAGUAUUAAGAGAGGUCCAAUCUUAGGCUGCAAGUAAUGCAAUUAAGCGGGCAGAUGAAAUAAAUCCAAACAAAAGUUGGAGAUUAAAUUGUCUGAAUGAAAUAACUUUAAUGAGCAGGAUAUGAAAGUUUAUUUUUAAUCGAAUCUGUUGUUGCAGUUUUUACAUUUGACUCCGUCAUACAUGUUCAGAACAAAAGGAUAAAACUAUAUACCUUCGAUAUUUGUUUUUCUUUGUAUUUAUUCACAAUAAAUGACACACUUGACUGUUAGUUUUUUUUAUAUGAGAGGAAAUGUGAAGUAAAUGUGCUUUAAUAGUACCGUAUAUAAAAAGGUUUCAAAGUAGGGGUGUCCCGAUGCAACUUUUUUACUUCCGAUACGAUACCGAUAUUGUAGCCUUCAGUAUCGGCCAAUACCGAUAUUGAUCCGAUUUUGGCACAAACUUGUGCAUGACAAGUUUUGCACUCAGCUGCAGUGUCUUUUUCGGACUCUAACGAAAAAUACUGACACACAGCCGACAUCACUCCUACUCCUGUACCGUAGUACUCACUCUUGUUGUGAUCAGGUGGGCUCAGAUUGUUGGAUCCGGACACUGUUAGCUAGAGGUGUUGGAGUGGAGUCUGGAAUGAACUGCUUGUAUCGGUGUGCUGAUAUCGGAGAUUUUAGAUGCAGGUUGAUAUAAUCCGUUAUUUGUUUUUUGGCUGAUAUCGGACCGAUAUCAAUAUCGUAUCGGGACAGCCUUAUUCGAGAGUUUUUCAAAUAUGAUCAUUAUGGCUUACAACUCAGAAAUGUAAAAAUUCAUACUUUAAAAUAUUAGAAUAUUUUAUUUCAAUUUUAAGUCAAUCAGUCUCAAACAAUGUAGAUGCCGUACAAUGCUGAACAUCUGACCACAGUCAUUGAGAAGGCCGCUGACUCGACAGCUGUCCACAAGAUGAUUGAUGACACGAGGAGGGCAAGAGAAGAAGAUUAUCGCUGAAAAGGCUGGCUGUGAGCAGAGUGCUUUAUCAAAGCAUAUGAAUCAAAGCAAGCUAGGCUUCAGGAGCACCUCAGCAGUGCCACAAGCUGCUCACCUUCAAGUCAUGCCACACACUGAUUCAUGGUGAAGGAGCCCUAAAUCAUCAUGCUCUUGGACUUGAGAUAACUUCUUUGGAUUGAUUUUGAGAAAUGCUCCAAGAAUUUGAGUUACUGGAUCUCUGAUUUUUAUGAGAUAUAAGCCAAAGUCAUUAAAAUCAAACCAAAUGAAACAUAACAUUUUUCCCCUUUCUUAUAAUGAAUAGAUAAUACAUGAAAUUUGACCUUUUUUUUUCUAAAGUUCCCAAAAUUAAAAUAACUUUUUUACAAUGCUCUAAUACUUUAACAUGCACUUGUACGUAAAUUUGACAUUAGCUUUUAAAUUAUUAUGCUCAUUACAAAUUGUGAUAACUGAGAAUUCUGCUACAGGCUGCAGCUUAAUCAAAGCAGGUCAGAUAACCACAUGCUAAGCUGUCAAUCAGAGGAAAGCAAAGACCAAUCAGCAAUUCAGGUCACUGACAGCACUCUGUGAGCAGGGGAGCCCAUACAUGUCAGCAGGUCUCCACAGUGAUGUUAUUACAGCGUUUUAGAAGCAACAAGGUCAUAAGCAUCAGUGAGACAUCUCACCACAUGUACACGCUCACACACUCAGAGACUGAGCUGCAUAGCUGCGCUUGUCGCUCGCUCUGUCACUUGGAUGCAGCACAGGCGCUGCAGCUGCAUUGCUUGAAUUCCUUUAACUCGUAUGCAAAAAUGAAUGGAUAAAAUUUCUUGUACCUUCCAAUUUUAGCUCACAAAAUUAAAGAAGCAGUGAUGAAAAUAAUGAAUGAGGUCAUAUUAAUGGAUAUUUAAUUUCAAACACCUAUGUACUCCCUACACUUACCUACCUGCUGCAUGUACUGGUGUAUAAAAGCAGGCUUCUGGCUCACACUGCUGGAUUUCCACCUGUGUGGGUCCUGCUAAUAAUGAUGUCAAAGAGUGUUUACCUCUGGAAGCCUCUGAACACACCGGCGAGACUAUUUCACUUUGAGCAGUGGAAGGAUGAAAGGUGGUGAGAUUGUGCUUAGAGGUGAAAAGCCAAAGCGGUUAUAGCUCUAAUAACAGAUUGAAGUCAUAGUGAGAUAUGAGCUCUAUUGUCAGAUGUAAUAUUCACUGCUUUAGCCACUCUCCAUAAGUGAAACAUAAGAUAGUCAAGUCAAGUUAAUUAAAAGCAGCCUUUUCUCCACUUCCUCUGCCCCGCCUCCACUCUCCCAGCCCUCCUUCCGCUCUCUGCUGAUAUCUUCUCCACCCAGCUGGCCUCCCCUGAGGCAGACAGCAUCCUUAUGAUGCACCACACUUGGCAUAUAUAUAUGUUCUCUGGUUGGAGCAGAGAGCGAAGCAGGCUCUUCACAUGAUUGAUGAGCAAAUGGGAUUUUAAUUCAGUUACUCAGUCGUCACCCUCUGGCCAUAUCUGCAUGCCAGCCCUGCCUAUUUGGAACAAUAAGGGACGAAGAGCCAAAUUUUUAACCAACUCGAUGCUUUUAUUUAUUUAUUUAUUUUUUGCUUUGAUGAUGUUGUGCAUUGCUCACUGUUUUAAGAGAGCUUUUCUUGACCCUUUUAGAUAUCAAAGAGACUCUCAAAACUUCUCAUUUUUAAUAACAUUUCAUUUAAUUUCCUCCUAAAUUAGUACAAAACUUUUUACUUUUGAUGUGCACGAAGAGUAUUAGCUCUCAGUUCUUUGCUAUUUAAGAAAAGAAAACAGAACAUUUCUAGUUUAUGGAGAAGCAGUGAGCUUACAGUCGCAUUAGAUGUCUCAAGUGUAACGUUACUGUUGUGUAAAUUGAAGCUCUUAGCUGUAACUGCUGAUUGAGACACGACACUAAACCCCUGUUUAGACCUAUCCAUCUUCUUUUAACAUAUGACUAUGAAAGCCAUUUAAUUCAAAAGCUCUUCUAAAGCACUGAGAUGGCUUCUAUUAUGAUACUUUACUCCUGUUUCUGCUGCGUCUUACAGUGACCUUUAGCAGCCUUAACCAUUAAAUACACACUCAGAAUGCCGCUGCCUGCCUCAUUCGUCUCAAGAACCGUGUGCUCUGAAGACAGGAUUGAUACGCCUUGAGCCCCGGCUGACACAAUCACUGAAGCAUAUUUUCUCCUUUACCUCUGUCUGAAUCUUUGCUUAGGUUUAAUUUGCUCAUGUUUCCAGACAUCUGUCUGUGACAUUUUUUGCCACUGGCUUCAGACAAAGGCAGAGAAUGCAAUUUAGUUUGUGGUGCUCACAGCAAGAAAGAAAAAAAAAACAUUAACUUGUUAAGAAAAGAUGUUUUUUCUAGGAAAGAAGCUCAUCUGCCUUGCUAUAAAAUAUGCAGAGCAGACAGCUAAUAGUUUUCAUUGGAACUUCUUUCUAUUAGAAAAUGAUAACUAUCUUUAUUGAGUUGAGUUUUGCAGUGCACGUGUUCCCAUCUGCAGAACUAAAUGUUUUGGUUACUUCUUAAUGAUGUACAAAUAUGGAACUAGUGAAAAAACUAGUGACAAAAAUACUUCAAAUACUCAGCCUUAUCAGGGCUGCUUUUUGAAGAUUAUUUUAUGUGUAUUUCACACGACAGGCCUUUGUAGUGUUGCCACUACAAACUAACCACAUUUUUCUAAUCCUGCAGAUUAAUUUUAAUCUCCUCCUCCUGUAUUUUGUCUCAGCAUGUGAAACUUUUCAGGGUCUCACAGGAGCAGGGAUAAAAUAGGUCCGUACAAAGCACAGAGCUUUUGAACAUAUCCUUUCAUUUUAAAGACAGAGCAGCAGAGCAGAUUAAAAACUUGUACCUACUCAAAAAACUUUUAGAAGAGCUUUUGACUAAAUAGACACAGUGGGCAAGAAAAACACUUUAUUUUGAUCUCCUUUAUAAAUGCUUGUGUGUAUUGCUAAUUUUUUGCUUCUAUUUGUUAAACAUGAUGACAGUUUUAUUCAUUUUAUUUCAAUUUUACUUUUUUAAUUCUCAGGGUAAGAUGGUGAAAGGAAUGGGAGGAGCCAUGGAUCUGGUGGCCAGCGCUGGAACCAAAGUGGUUGUCACUAUGGAGCACUCAGCCAAGGUUUGUUUACACGUGUUUAAUAGUGUUUUGUUGAGCCUCUACUAUCCAUGUUGGAACUAAUUGAAACCAAGUACAUUGCCCCUUGAAGACCGAACACAGGAAAUAAGUUUUAAAUUGGUCAUGUUAUUCUCCUGUGUUGUACCUCAACUAGCGUACCUCAUAACCGCUUCCUCGACAAUGAGUGUGAGUGUUGUGGCUGAUUGGAGAUAAUUCUUUUAAUGGAUUGCUUAAUGCCUUUUUCACCAGAGUGCCAGCUCACCAUGAUUGCACUCAAAUCAUUUCCUAGUUGUUCUUCCUUGGAUGAUUUAAAUACAAGUCUAGAAUUAGCUCAGUGUUACAGGAAAGCUUGCGCUGCAGCUACUAUCACCACUUGAGGUCAGAGAGCGAUCCAACCAAAUCGCUUUGCUAUUGUAAAGUCAGAAACUGAUGUGAUGCAAAGGCAACGUAACAUUCAGCAUUCAAAGAAGCAUGCUGUUUCGUCCUAAUGGGAGCCUGUCUGGCGCCAAGCUUUGUUCCAGAUGGUGCAGCAGGUGAACAUAAAUUUACUGCCCUGAAGCCUGUUUUCAUUCAUGAUGGGGAGAGGGGGGGAGGGGUUGUGUAAUGAAUGAUGGUUGCUUCUCAGGCAGCGUCACUGACAUUUGGAUGUGUGUGUUUUUUCUCAAAGGCGACCGGUGGGGAAACUGAGGCACACAUUCAUAGUGAAGAACAUGCAGACUGAAUCCUUAAGGGGAAAGCAUGAGCAUACAUAAAAACAUAUGCCUGGAUGUAUUAAAAAUUGAAGCCAAGUCCAUAAAUGUGAAUAAACACUGUGAGUGACUCUUUUCCUCUAACCAGCUCUCUGUUUCUUGCAGGGGGGGAAACACAAGAUUUUGGACAAAUGCAGCCUGCCUUUGACAGGGAAGCAGUGUGUGGAUCGGAUCAUCACCGAAAAGGUGUGUUCAGAGUCAGAGUCAUUUUAACAGCAGCAAAUGGAUAGGCUUAUUCUUAUUCUUAUUCUUAGAUGCUGCAUAGACAGACAGUCAGUUGCUCUGGCUGUGCAGUAUGUACGGCCUUUCUAAUACCUGGUUUCCAGGUCAUUACAUGUCACUUUUAAGCAAAUUCCUGUCUUUGUUAAACAGAACUGUUCUUGUGAGGCAUGGACACACAGGCAAGCUCCAGCCUUCUUAACUGAAAUUUGCUCCUGACAUCAGGCAGCAGUGUUCGGUUCCUGUGGGAUUGCAAGGUGUCCUCUAUUUUCGUAACCAUGCGGCCAUUAUAAAUGUACAGUCUAUGAUUAAUGAUCACCAUGCUGAACAACAACAAUAUCUCCCCACUGAAGCUGGUUUUCACUUCCUCUGUUGGUCACAUCCACGACUAAUCCUCCUGAUGGAUCGAUCUUAAACACUGCAUUUUCCAAGCCUCUAUCUUCAUAACAGCUUUAAAAAUCUAUGACCAGCUGAAGGCUUUUUUCAGACCAGGUUUUUUUUUUCAAUCCUUACAAAUUAUUGGCCACACUUCCACUCUACCUUCUAGUCAUGAGUGAUGGGAUUGAAAUCUAAAAAUUCUGUUGGCUGUAGACGGUUUUGCAUUCCUAUUUUAUCACCACUAAUAAUUAGCUAGGGACAUGAUGAGCACAACCGAUCACACUCUGUAUCUCUAUCUGUUUUACUUCUUCCUCAAAAAACAACCACACUUCAGCUGAUAAGUGUGUGUGUUGCAACGGAGCAGCAUGGUAGAUGGAAAUUACUUUUAUUGAAUUAGCCCUAAUUUAAUCAGUUGAUUUCUGUAAAGAGCUUGAUAUGGAUUUGGUUAUGUUUUUUAUUUUGUUUUCCUGUUAAUUUUUUAUGGUUAGGGUUUGGUUUCCCUUCAAGAACAUAUUUAAUAAUCCUCCCACCCUGCUUCUGAGCCCCGUUUGCAAUGAUGCUGGUUGUAUUGAUGUUGUGGACUCUGGGUUUGGUUUUCUCUAAAUAGAAUUGCCUCAGUUUGAUUCAGUGAGGACCUGAGUUUGGCUGAACAUAGAGAAACUUCAAUUUCUGCUCACAGAAGAAAACACUAUCAACAUAUUUUUGUAGCAGAAAGUUUUCUGGCUCCAUAAUGAGAUUGUCAUGCAAAAAGGACAGAUAUUAAGCUAAUACCAACAAAGUCAGUCCUUACAAACCUGACAUGUUCUACAUUCCAAUUUUCUACUAAGUCAAGAGAUCAAGACAACUUUAUUAAUCCCACCUGGGGCAAUUGACUUGUGCAGCUUGCAUACUACAGAAACACAAGUUCACAGGAAGAUAAGAUAAAUAGGGCAUCAGACAGAAUGGGUAAAAAAUGAAAUGCUUAGGAGAACAGUGGGAUUAAGGAUCAAUAAAAAUGAAUAAAUAGAUAAAUGACUAAGAAUACUGACCGAUAAAAUGUACAUGGUAAAAAAGAGUAAAAUCAUUAUAAAGUUGAGAUUCUCUCUAAAACGUCAAUAAAACAGAACAUCAGGGUUUGUAAAUUGUCUGAACCCUUAAUGUGUUUAAAAUAGUGCCAAGACAACAUAUCAAAUGUUAAAGCUCAAAAAUAUCAUCACAUUAAGAAUCUUAAAUUUCCGAUGCCAGCAACAUGUUUCAAAACAGUUAGGAUAGGAUGCCAGAACACUGAAAAAGUUGUGUGAUAUUACAAAAACACACACAGAGAAACAUCUACAAAGCUGUCAGCUUUAAUAAGCUGUAUGGUAUGAGUAUAUGAGUUAUAAAUAAUGUUCCCAGGAAUCAUAUUUAUUUUUUUAGUUGCCUUUUGGGAAUUUUUUGCUUUCAGUCAAAAGAGGGAAAGUGUGCAGAGUAGAGAGUUUGGGAUAAAUUGCAGCAAAGAGUCAAAGCUUCAGGUCGAACCAGCAGCCACUGCAGUGAGGCCUCAAGCCUCUUCCAUCUGCUUGUCAAUGUAGCCGCCAAAAAUCUGAGCAACAUUGUAAUGACUGAGAAAGCAAAAUUUUUUGGUAUCUGAAAACCAACAAAUGACUUCUGUUUCCUUGACUAUGAUGUUAGUUUCAUAUAAAAGCCUACAGGUACUCAGGUAUCUACGUGGCUGUAGAUAUAAAAGAUAUCCUGAUGCUGUACUGUAUUGAUCCUCCCUCACCUCCUGCUGCAGGCCAUGUUACAUCCAGCUCACUGAAGAGACCUCUUGACCUCUUUACCUGAGAAAUCUUUGAAAAAUCCCUGAAAGCAACCGACAUGCUCUCUAUGGAAGAAGUGGGGGAUGUAUAAUUGAUUGUCGAGGAAGUGUUUUAUUAUACGUUACUGUGUGGUGUGCGUUGAAUGGCCUUUUGGUGGAGCACUACCUUUAAGAACAAAGUCUAUGGAAAACGAUGGGUACCCAUUUUGAAUACAUGGUGUACCCUUAUAAAUCUCAACACUCAAUUUUUCUGAAGAAGCUUACGAAGCUUGGCCUGCAGGCAAAUCUCCAUUGUUUCCACUUGAGCGUGAAGAGCUUUGUUUCUGCUCUGCUUUUGAAUUUCAUCAGCACCCCACAGUUUGAGCUCCGCAUAAUGUGAAGGCAGGAUGUUGGAGCGUGUGUAACCUUUUGAAUAUCUCCCUCCUCUACAAACAUAUGUCGUCUGACUGAGAGUAGCACUUGCAAUGAGAAAGAGGCAAAAGUGUCAGUAUGGGACGUUAUGUAAACAGUAGUUUCCCUCUGCUAUUGCAAAUCUUUGAAUUAAGCAGACCAGAGAAAUCUCCACAGCAGUCAGGACAGUACAGGGAUGGAGUUUUCUUUUGAAGGGGAAUAAGCAGACAGUGAGCGAAAGUACAGGGUUGAAAAAUAAAGAUGAGUGAGGAUGGAGGGUAGAGGGCAUUUACAGGGAAAGGAGGACGGUCAAAAGAGGAGUAAGAAAUGCUGACUGGAAGAAAAAAAAGUGUGGGGGAGGCAAGCAAGAAAAACCCAGAGAGAGUAGCGCUGGGUGCCGAUGUGGUUUCUGUGUUUUCAUGUUUUCUGGUUAAUACCAUGUAAGCCUCUGGUGGUUACUGCCUUUGGAAACAGGCUCAUUGAAAACCUGACCUGUCGGUGUUAAAAGUCCUGUGGUGUCUCCACACUUUUUCUCCCCUUUAUUUUUCUCCUUUUAUUUAUUUUUUUUACUCCGCUGCCUUUUGUUGUUAUUGUGCAACAUUUCUCACCCAGUAGAUUUCUGUCAAUAUUUAUAAAGGUUAAAGCUCUUUCUACCGACUUGCAAACAUCAGUACCACCUCUUCUUCAACACCUUUCUCGUUUUAUCUUCUGCUGUCGCUUUCCCCUCCGUCCAUUUGUAACGUCUCCUUUUAUUACAUCGUCAGCUCUUUACUGUCUUUGUUAGUACUUACAUUCUGCAUUCUUUCUCUCAUGGCAUCUUUUUCACAUUUCCUGUCUUCACAUACCUCCCUCAUCUUCUUCUGUAAUCUUUACUUCUACUCUGACCUCAGCAUCCCCUAUCCUCCUUUUAAAUGCUUUCGAGUGCAUGUCUCUCUUACUGUAAAUUAAUUUGAAAAUAUUUUUUCUCUGCAUGGCCUGAAAUUGAACAUAAACAAGAUCUGCAACUUUUUCAAGAUGCUGGCCCCCUUUCAAACACUUCUUUGUCAAUUACAGUGUCUUUUUUUGUUUGGACUAGGGAUGCGCCGAUCCGCUUUUUUCACCUCCAGUAUCGAUACAGAUAUCAACAGUUUAGUAUACCGACCCAAUUCCAACACAAAAAAACGGCGCUGAAUUACCUUUUGUUGUAACUUGAAGUUUUACCACCGCCCCUCGGAACAUUUACUGCGCAGGUAUUGCAAGUUCAAGAUAGCAGACCCUUUUGCUCGCUCCAUUUUGAGAACAACGUGGGCAUCCGCUCAGCAAAUUUACUCGUGGAUGCCACUCAUCGUGCAUAGCAUAGAGUUAGAGUGAAUAGAUCGGCCACUAUGCAUCGGCCCCAUUGUAACGAUACACGAUCUAGAAUUUUCUUCAGUAUCGGGACAGAUACCGAUAUCACAUAUCGGAUCGGUGCAUCCCUAGUUUGGAAGAGAGAAAAAAAAAACCUUAAAAAAUUCUGACAUCUAACUAUCAGCUCGACAGCUCCUCAAUAAACACACUUGGCAUUGUGCUACCUCGAGCUCAUGCUGUGAUUGGUUGUCAUGUUGACAUGUUUUUCUACCAGUGAGCACAAGUGUAAUUGUUAUUUCAGGUUUUUCCGGUUACCUCAAUGUAUAAAUAAUUAUAUCAUGAUAGCUUAAUUCUCAAGGUGCCUUGAGACAUCAUGAUAGAAAUCUUGCUUCGCUAAAGAAAAGGUCAGGAAACAAAAGAACUGGAACUGCUGGAGUUAUCACAGCGUUUUUGUUAAGCUGUCACCCAAUGUCAAACACCCAAUCUGUAUUUCCCCAGGCUUUUAGUUUCAAGUUUUCUCUCUAAACUUAACUGUGAGUAAUGAUUCGUUGCCAAAAUGCACACUGCAUGUGAAACACAAUGUUCCUGUAACGGUGUAAUUUGGAAUAAUCUAAUAAAGAAAAACCCUCUGAACUUCAGACUUCAGAAAAUGAUUACGUUAUGUGCUAAUUAAUUUGGUUGAAUUGAUCCAUGAAUGGUUUUCAUGCUGUUCUAGCCGCAGGGAGGCAUUCAUGUACUUCUCUCUGAACCUUCUGACCGCAAAAACUACAGCCAGAAACUGAAAGUGUAAGCAGGUCGCCAAAAUGACGAAAAACAUUAGCAUUAAUUGAGUCAAAUGAAAUGAAACCUUUUUCAUUUACAAAGAUAAAAAAAAACAAGUCGGUGCAAAAACAAAAUAUUGCAAAAAGCUUUCGGUUUAUUUUACCAUUAACACCAGAUAUCAAAUUACAUGUGUGCUUUGAGAACAUUAUUGUUGUCGUGAAACAAGGAGCAGUAGAAAACGAGGACAGAAAUAUGUCAAAGCAAAAAGAGCCUUUUAUAAGCUUCAUAAUGGUUAUCUUUGUUUUUUUAUCCUUAGCCAUCUCUUCAUUAUUAAAGCAUCUGUUGGCAAAAUGAAAAAGAUCAAUCAAGGCUUUCAGUCCCUGUAGAAAAAAAAACAUGUUUUCCCAGCCUCAUACACAUUCAUAAAGAUGACAUAAACAAACACAGCAUCCCCCUAUGAUAACCAGAAGGGUUGGUGAUUCAAGCGAUGUCCUAUUGCAAUGAUUUGAGAUCCAGGGUGGUAGGAAACUUGUUGCCUUAGGCGACAUCUCUGCCGCUUCUCUAUAUGCUUGGACGUUUUUACCCACAUGUUGCCAUUUCUUUGUCCUUAACCACAGCUGCCCUGGUAACAAGCCUGCUCACUCGGACCAUUGCGAUUAAAAUUACGGAUUUCUAAUGUUUUUGUUUACAGCAUGAGAAUGGAGUAAAUUAGCCAUAAUGCUUUUCUGCAAAGAAAAACUUCCUCACAAAAUACUCUCUCUCCUCUUAACAGCCAUUUGGGGGAUUAUUUUAGUAAAAAAAGCAACUGCUCACUUAUUCACAAAUGAAGCAGAACAACUCCUGAAUUAUUCAAUCAUCAUAAUGGGCCCAGAAAAGUAUUAUCCAUGGCAUUUUCCAUAAUGAAAGCAGUGCCAAUGACAGCAAAUAUAACUGCGGCAAGCAAAUUGAAAAUGUUUUAUGGUCCUACUGUGAGUUUCUGUCUGAAAUGACUCAAAAAGACAGCACCUUGUAAUUGCUGUAAUACACCAACAAGAUACAGGGCGGCUAUUGAAGUUUAUUUGUUGAAGGGUAAAGACUAAUUUUCACUUCUCUCUAGUGCUCUCACAUUCAUCUGAAGCAAUAAGUGAGCUAAAUGAUGGCAGCUUUUUGUUGUUACCCAGAGAUUAAAGUUCUCUGUCACUAUGAUGGAUUUCUACCAGUUUCAUAUUGGGUAUGAUAGACUGAUAUCAUAGCAGUGGUGACAAACAGAAACGGUUCUUAUUUUCAGCUUGGUAAUUUAAGUGAAUCCUAUUAGUGGUAAUGCAUUUCUGUGGUAUUUUGAAGUAAGCAGAGCUCAGCAGUAACUCACAAUUACUGAGAUCAGAUCAGAUAUAGAAAAACAAAGUAUAACCUGUCUGAUCUGAUCUCAACUACAUUGCACAGUACAGCGUGCUAUAGGCAGACUGCUGCAGCCUGUGUCGUGUCAACAUUAUAGCCAGAGUGUGAGAGUGAGACAGUCAGCAGCACUGUGGAAAUAUCAUCUGUAUGUGUGUUUAUCUUGAGCUGAAAGAAGACAAAAGCAAAACGGCUUAGUGCAGUUUAUGCAAUGCCAGUGUCUCAAGAGUUGGCAGCAGCAUUAGAAAGUACAACACCUCAAACUCGAUAAGACAUUUGCAGAAGAAUAAUGGAGAGGAGUGUGUAGACUUUAUACAGGCAACAAGUGCCGAGAGGAAAAGUGAGCUGCAACAACAAGCAUGGGUUAGAAACUCCCUCCAGACAGCAACGAUCAAAUCUGAUGACUCAUAAAAUUAUUAAGUUCACUUUUUUCAGAUGACAAGCAACUUACUGCCGUUCAAGGUGCGGAUUUUCAACAUUCAAUCAAACAUUCGGGGGACUCGCUAGGAGCUCUCAAAGAUGUGAGAGACUGCCCAGAGCUGUGUGAUAAAUAACAGAGAGGGCUUUUGGAUUCGUUAUUUCUGACAACUAACAACACUUAUUGAACACUUGGACUCCAGGUAGAGUUUACCAUCACAAAAAUACUCACCGCACUGCCUGAACUCUUAGAGAAUAUUUUUAGUACAUAUUUAAGAUGAGCGUUAAACAACAUUUUUCUCUGUUGUAACAUUUGACAUGUUGUCGGACUAUUUUCAGUGCAGUGCAGAACUCUGAUAUUAGGCUGCUUAAAUUUUGAGUCGUUCCUCCACUUCCUUUUUGGUAUCAAAGCAAAGUUCUCUUUUCUCAAAAUGUGAAUGUCAAAAGGCUCUUUGAAGCUUAUUUUGCAUAUUCUAAUGGAUAAACUUUUCUUCAUCAUGCCAAAUCAUGCCAUGACCCCCCUCCAGCACUUUCAUUCUUCAUUAGGAUUUCGUCACAUUUUCUUUGCCAUAUUUGGGAGUUUUACUAAUCAGAGAUGACUGUCUAACUUGAUUGUAGACAGCUAAUCUGUUGAAGCAGCCUCAGUCAUUGAUCUGGCACUUUCACAAAUAUACUCCUCCAAACAGCUCAUACAUUUCUGAGGGCUUAUGCAAAAAGCUUUCCUAUCGCUUGUUUUAUACAUUGAACAUUUUUGGCGAGGGAUAUUUUUGGCUCUGGUAACUUUCAGCCGACUUUCUGCCAACCUCUCAGCAGACAACACAUGGGUCAGACAAGCAGCUUCUCCCUGACUAACUGGCAUCAAUCUGGUUAAUGAUGGUGGUGAGUUUGAGGACAGAGAGGAAGGAUGACUCAACAGUAAUACAACAAAAAGGCUGCUUUGCAAAACAUAGUUUGUUUUUCAAUUUUCAAAGGGGAUUUCAGAAACUAGGUCAGUCUGUAGUUAAUUGCCUUAAAAAAUCUAUAAAUGCACAAGACCUUGACAUAAAAUGUUCUAUGUUUGUCGGCCCACGCUGACAUUACUCAGCACUUGCAAUAUCAGCAAAGUGUUACAGCGAUCUAUAUGCACGGUUUGACAAAUCCUAAAUUAUCCUCAGUCACUUGUGACCGAAGUCUCGAUUAGGAAUACUUGUCAGUUUUUGUGUUACUCACAGACCCUUUUUCCAUGUGACAUUCCAUCUGUCUUGCUAUAAUGGAGUGAGAUAUCUGCCUCCUGCCCUGUUGCUGUGUGCGCCUGGUCCUAAUGAGCCGCGAGUCCUGCCGGGCUUCGUCUGGAUGUGACUGUGGCUCAGCCUGUCAGUCCCUGCUGGGAGAAGCUACAGGAACCAGCUCAGCUGUGUGUGCCUGGCCUGUCUUCAUAGAGUAUUUUCUCUGCGGUGUGCAUAAAUAGGUAAAAUGCUUUUGACCCAGAUUUAGUUUUAAAGGUUUAUUGUAUAAGAUGGUCUGUAGAAACACCUGGCUUAUUUGUCAUGCUGGACUUGUUGGAGAAAAGAAGUCUCUUGGCUGAAAUAUGACUCAGUUUGAAACACCAGCUGAUGUCUUUAUGAUCAUGAACUAAGAAGAACUGUUAAUGAAGGGAGAGUGUAACAGCAAAAGGAGAAAGCAGGACGGGAUUUUCUGUAUAGUUCAACGACUGAUUUGUCCACAGGGGGCACCAAAAGCAAAGUUACUUAUCCUCAGCUUUAAGACUUUGUAACUAAAGAUACGGUUAUUAGUUCUUAUAAGAUGCCCAUGAAUCAAUAGCUUCUCUUCUAGGGUUGGGAUGAUAACCUUUUCUCCCGAUUCGAGUCUUCUACGAUUUUUGGAUGCUGAUUUAAAUUGUGAUUCUACGAUAUUGUCGAUUUUCUUGAUUUUUAGUCUGCAUUUUUAACACCAGUGAAACAGUUGAAUGAUUAUGAUUGUCUACUGACGAUUCCAGGAACCAUAUUUUCCCCAAAAAUACACAUCACGUGUAAGUCAGUUUUUAAGAUUUAUUCUUUGAUUUGAAAAAAAAAAAAAGAUUUCUGAACAUAAAACUGAUUUAAAAAUUGUGAAACAAAAAAUCGUCAUACUUAUGUGAAUCGAUUUUUUUCUCCCACCCCUAUUCUCCUCUAUGAAGACACAAUAGGCUAUUUAAGCGAAAACCUACAAGGCAUCCCUCUGACAUCCCCUCACAGUGUAGGCAUAAAUGUAGGGCUUCGGCUCGCAUCAGCUUCAUUUUCUGACAUUGGAAGUUGCAGCUUUGCAAAAAUACAGAGUUGCAGUGCAGAAGAUGAAGACUUUAUCACCGCGUUGUCCUAAACUAGAACGCUAAAUGUGGCAGAAAUCAGGAUCAUUUUAAGGAUGUAUGAAAAAUAUUUCAGCAUACCAGUGAAGUUGUAAGAGCUCAUCUUGGUGGAGCCAAUGUUUCUGAACUACUGAGGAUGAUUAAAGGAGGUUUAAAGAGGCAAGAACAUCUCAGUUGCCUGAAGGUGCUCUACAAGUGUUCAUGACCAUAUUUUCUUUUGGUAUUGUGUCUUCAGGUGUAAACUUUGGUAGAAUUGUUCUUGUACUUGUCCAAAAGCACCUCUUUUCUGUCUGUCCAACUGUGAAUGAUGCCUUUGGCCAUGUACACAAUCACUUCACUCUUAAAUUUCGAAGUAUUUCAAGGAAUCCCUUUUACGGACUCUGAAGACUGUUCUGAGCAUGUUGUAUGCUUGUGAAGGUUGGUAUAUAGAAAGAACAGUUCCUAAUAUCGAUCAUAUAUGAAAUCCUGAAGAACCACAGAUACUCAGAGAUAUGUUUAAUUGAUCUGUCAACUGUGAAGACUGAGUGUACGCUUGUACCUCUACAGUCUUUUAAAACCUGGUUCAACAACACCUUUUUUUUAUUCUUUUUUAUGACAAAAGUAGUUCAACAAUUAAACUAUAAUUGCCCACUGCUUUGUAGUGGCACAGAGAUUCAAGGACCACUCUGUAAGGCAUGUCACGGAUGUGUCACCAAUAAUUGCAGCUUUUUUUUUCAUGUGUGGAAAACACUGAAGUGGGUCUCUGCCUGUGGCAACAGUGUUAUUUGGGGUGCUUUGCCCUCCUUUUGAGGUCACAGUCAUAAUGGCAUCCUUGUCUAUAACCUCAGUGACAAAACAAAGAAUUUGAGCCCCACAAUUAUGGAAAAAACCCUCCCCUUGAUAUUGUUUUUGUAUCUUAUCACCCUCCUUCAUCUGUCUCAGUCUGAACAUCUCAUCUCUUCUGCUCUCUCCCUGCCUCUCUAUUUUCUGCCCUGUUUCUGCUCACCAGGCUGUGUUUGAUGUGGAUAAGACAAAAGGCCUGACACUGAUAGAAGUGUGGGAGGGUCUCACUCCUGAGGAUAUCAAGGCAUGCACCGGCACUGAGUUUGAGGUAAGUAGCCAAACAAUUUGGCCACCAGCGCUAUCUUUGAUUUUCGAACUUCAAGCAUUCUUACCAUGACACAUCCCCUCUGAUCCGUCUCUCUCUCAUAGGUGUCUCCUAACCUGAGGCCCAUGCAGCAGAUCUAGAGGAGCUUUUAAGGGAUCUGACAAGUGUUUGUGGCUCUCAUUUCAUCUCUCUGUGGUAAACAGCUGGUGAUCUAUCAGCCUACGACGAGUCAAAUAAGCUAAUAAAACAGAAAUGAUUUGUUCUGUUCACUGCUAAUCAGUAUGCAAACUUCAGGAGGAUUCAGUCCACAUUUAUGUUCACCGAAAGGGAUUCACAUGAUCCAAAAUGCACGAGUGUUUUUUUGUCUUUUGUUAUCUAGUUUGACGAACAAAAAAGGGAAACUACAUUGUUGCCUAUCACAUCAUUAAGUUAUUAACUUUUUUGUAAUGUUUUUAAAUCUGUUACCAAACAUUUCAUCAGGAAAUUACAUGCAAAAAAUUCUUAAUACUGUAUUUCGGCUGAGAUUAAACUUUACUUGCAAUACUAACAAACGGGAUGUAAACAUAUGAAGAUUAAUAAUAUAUACUGUAGAUCAAUAAGUAACUUUGACGUACUCAAAAGAACUGAAAUGUAAUGAAGUAAGAAAACAUUUGUGUGCUGUAGGUCAGGUGGAUAUAUAUGUGUGAAGGUGUUUAAAUUUCUGCCACAUCAAGCUACAAAAAAAGUUAAGGAUAUAUUUCUUUUUCAUUUAAUUUGAAAAAAGUGGGAUGUUUAAAGUAUCAUCUAACUAUAUUUGUAAUUAUAACUUCCACCAUAGUGUCGAACUGUGUGAUGCCUCUUCUCUUAGCCUCACGAAUAUCAGAGUUGACAGUCGUAUACACAUUUGAGCCAGAAAACACGAGGCCUUAACGUUUUUGUACACAGGCAUUAACCGUCCUCUUCCUUCUCUUUGUAUAUAAAUAAAAUACAACCUUGUGUGCUGAGCUGAGGAACUGGGAA